GGAUGAAACUACAGAACCUGCGGGCGGUGCAGUCGAUGAAACUACAGAACCUGCGGGAGCUGAGCUGCCCAAGGGGCCGCUGAUAGAAAUGCUCCCAGAACCCCUUUGGGUUUACAAUCGGUACGACAUACGCCACGUGUUCGAGAAUAGGGUCUUCGGUGGAGUAAAUGCCACAGAUCCCAGCACGGUGCGACCGCCGAGGCCUAUCUUUUCAACGACGUCUCUCGAGUCGAAGUCUUUCUUUAUGUCGCCGCACUUGAGCGCGAGGCCGCUUCGAUUUGCGGUUGAAGAGACUCCUGCACCAGGAGGAUCGGCACUGAUUCCGGAUGGGGGCCUCGUUUUAGCGAACAAAUCCGAACUCAUCGACCUCGUCGUUCCCCUAGAGGACGUGAACCCAACGCUGCUCGGCCAGAAAAUAUACGGUCGAGUCGACGCCGUGGAAUACUGCGAGGCGCAAGGUGGCCGUCUUCCCUAUGCGGAAGAUAUCACACGACAAAAAAUGACUAGCAUAUUUGCAUGCUUUUAGAUCUCCUGACGCACGCUGCAAAAAAGCCAAAUCGUGGAUGAAGAAAAACGGAUGAAAGUCUCCGCCCUCAUGUUCCUUUCAUAGUGCAAAUCCAAAUAUAAAUAUGAUUUAUUUGCAGCCAGGUUGGCUGCGUCCUCGCCUUGGUUAAUAGAUGCAGAGCUCCGCCUCUUGUUUCUCUCUACAACUAGCAGCUUGUGUGCUGCUGUUUUUUUCGCAUCUCUAAAGAAAUGAUAUGAUAUGCUAGCAGCUCUUUCCUGUGUGAUAAACGAGUUGUGUGAGGAGGACACCCAUGCUGGUGAUCCUGGAGUUUUUACGCCAAUCCGCCACAUGCGGCAGGAACUGGUCUUGUUCGAUACGGAAAUUUUCGGUGCAGAACCAAGCUCGACAUCAAGCGACGACGGAUCUACACCUAUCUCUCCGAGUACGACAGAGCGUCGGUGGGUCCCUGUGAAAACAGACCACACGUGCGAACGCGACCGUCGGCCGCAUACACGUUCGGGAUGCGACCGGUUGGCCGAAGGGUGGCUGAGUCUCCCGCGGCGAGGGGAAGGAAGCUGCAGAGUCGCUUCGAACGUCCAUCCCCUGAACAAGACUUCUCGCAUAUCCUAAGUCAUAACGUCUCGACCGCAAAGUCAACAAGAUGUAGACAGAGAGCUUGCUACACAGGAGCCCAAUCGUUCUUACUAGCUAGUGCAGUCGCGCUAGAAAUCGUAAUCGAGCUACCAUGUGUGUCCUCGUCCUGACUUUAGCAUGACAAAAACAACGUCUCAAGUAGCAUUAAGGAACUGCUCGUAAAAAAGAUGUGGUUGCACAUGCUACAGGUUUUCGUUUUAUUUCGGCUUCUCGUGCAUUUUCAUGACAAAUGUUGGAAGUAGGUGGGAACGUUUUUCCUUGGGAUAUCGCACACUACAUGCGAAGCUGGAGCUGAAUGAGCUUCCGGAAACAACGUCCUCUGCGGGUGCUCUGCAUUACGUCUAUGGUGGUCACGUCCAUGUUGGGCCUGGUGGUGAAGGGCUCCUCGUCGAAAUGGACGAUCAGGUUGUGGUUGAGGAUGAUAGUGAUGUGUACGCAGACAAGUACACUUGGACACAUGCAGUAAACGACCAUGCGGGCGAAAUUAAGUCCAGUCACGUUUGGUGUGUAGUGGAAGUGCCUCCGGUGCCUCGCAGAGUGGAAACCAACUUCGAGUCGAAGACCCUGAUGCUUCCGCGCGACGUGACGCGCUUCGACCUUGAUCACAUUUGCAGUGACGAUGGAGGAGUCCGAAGUAACGAGACGGAAACCGGUGCGAGUGGCGAUGCGGAAACUGACAAUUUAGAUGAAGAAGAGCACCACCGGCAGAAGCACGAGACUGACUACAAUCUUCACAGUCCUCAUCACGGCCACGAUGCGUUUGGGCGGACACGCACCGGGAAACUAAAGAAACGGAACACCGGGCCAGUACCGGUUUACACCCCUAGCCUUUGCGAACAGGGUGCGCGCGCCAUGGGCACUUUCACUCCAGCGCAGUGCCAGUGCGAGGAUCCCUAUCGCCCAGAGGCCAUCCUUUUUGGUCAGUUUGCUCCCCGUCCUACCGCCGGCCAGUCGGCUAAAGUUCAAUACUUUUCGGCCGAUCUGAGCCCCAGGGCCUUUCCUUGCCGCAUCGCGCGGCCAGAACCUGAGGUGCUGCCGCAACAAGAGAGCGGCGCCGCGGCGCCCACUCCGGUUGGACCAGGUGAUGAAACUACAGAACCUCAACCGGACGCAGCUGCAGGUGAUGGAGGUACACCAGGACCGGCUCCGGACGCAGCUGCAGGUGAUGGCAGUACACCAGGACCUGUGCCGGACGCAGCUGCAGGUGAUGGAGGUACACCAGGACCUGCGCCGGACGCAGCUGCAGGUGAUGGAGGUACACCAGGACCGGCUCCGGACGCAGCUGCAGGUGAUGGAGGUACCCCAGGACCGGCUCCGGACGCAGCUGCAGGUGAUGGAGGUACCCCAGGACCGGCUCCGGACGCAGCUGCAGGUGACGGCAGUACACCAGGACCUGCGCCGGACGCAGGUGCAGGUGAUGAAACUACUGGAGAACCUCCCAGCGCAAUGAUCUUGAAGAACAACACAAACGCAACGCUUUGCGACGAGGUUGAUGAGAACAAUACAUGCCCGGCCAAAGAGCCGGAAUUAGUUGAGUUCACGGUCAUCUGCUGGUCCCAGCGUAACGACUGGUUGGCCGGGCCACCGCUGCAACUGCCAAGUCCAGCGCGGGGACUUCAAAGCGCGGUCGAACGCAGGUGGCAACCCUACCGUUCGUACUACCAGUCGCCACCAGACUUCACCUGUCACAAGCACUACUGCGAGUAUCCCGAAUGUUGCCGGCAGAAGCAAAUGUGUGGCGCAAGCACGGAGCUCCGCGUUCAGUGCGACAUGAAGCAGUACGCCCACACAACGGGACAGGAGGACCAUAGCCACUUCCUCGGUGUGGUGCCUUCUCGUUCAUCUCUCCGCCGUCGUUCACUCAUGCAUCAUCACGGGGAUGACCACAAGGUGUUGCGGACGAGCCCCCAACGAAAAUUUGCGACGAGAAGAGGACUCGAUGAGGGCUCGGACUACUCGUCACUGGUCCAGCCGGUCGACUCGGACCGUAUCAACUGGAUUUUUCGGCCGGAAGCCCUGUGCGACUCGGAGCAAUGCACCCUCGACGAGUGUUGUAAGCCCGCCACAACCUGUGCGGAUGUUCCCCAGAAUGACACGCGCCUUCGCGGCUGCAAAAAUGAAUUUUUCGCUACCGCAGCCUACCCGGAAGGCAUGUACUUCUUCAACGAGUCCCGAACCUGCAUCGGGGACGAGUGCACUUUUGAGGAGUGUUGCAGCACAAGACAGCUGUGCCGCGAGUCCGCGCACGAGGCCCAGUGCGACGCAAACAAUCGCUUUCGGUACUUUAAACCCGAUAUUCUGUGCGCCAAUGACAUCUGCGAGGAGUCUGAGUGUUGCUACGAGGGGCAGCGGUGUGAUCUGAUGACGGAGGAGCUGAUCUGUUCAGGGAGUGACUACUUUCUUUACGGAUACAUCUGCAAAGUGGACAUACCGGAGGGCACGGAUGCGAUCUGCAGGCGUGAAGACUGCUGCAUGGCACGCAGCAUGUGCGACGAGGAGCAGAACCUGCAUCUAGCAGCUGACUGUCCUCCAAGCAACUUUACUCACUGGUUUUCGCCACGAACCAUCUGCGCCGCAACGAAUUGCGAACCGGAAGAGUGCUGUCGCGCCCGUCAGAAGUGCAAGGAAGUGCCCGGGUCGCAGCGGUACUGGAAUGGGCACGACGGUGCUGUUGUUGACGUCGCGGUCGAGGAAUGGCGCUGCAAUAACGCUACCGAAGCAUACAUGGGGGAACACACCUGCGAGACACAUGAGUGCCGGCGAGAAGAGUGCUGCCGGCCCCGGGACGUUUGCGAGACCAUGCCAAAUGUGUUCCGCGGGCGCUGCGCCAUGCGCGCUCCUGCUCGAUACAGUCCGCCGAUUCCGGCGCACUCGGACCCUCAUCACCUCCGCUGCGCACCUGUCCUUGCUUUUUCCGAUAUCCAGCGCGCAGAGGACCAGUGCGUGGCACAUGGCGACAGCUGUGCCGUGCUCCAUAAGGACCGCCCCUGUAGUGCGGAGGACGCCACGGAAAAGAGAUGGCGAAUGUGCGCGCUUGACUUUGACGAAGACGAUACGAAAAACGACGGCGAAGGCUGCGUGCAGCUGAAGGCUACCGCGGCUACGCGUGACCUGCUACUGCCGCCACCGCGAACCGCCCCACUCUACGCAAUGAGCAGCACCGACCGAGUCCACGUAGCUUCCGCGAGCCACCAGCUGCUAUUCGAGAACAGAACAUUUACCGUGGAGGCUUGGGUUUACAUCCGGGAUUCCGCAAACCGCACAGUCCGCAAUGUAAUCGGCCAGAGUGAUUUCGAUGACAGCGCCGGAUUGCAAAUUUGGAGACCGGACGGUUGGAGUUGUUGGAAAGUCUUGGUCGUAGGUAGUGCCUUUCAAUCGAGUUGUCUCAUGACAGGACGCUGGCAGCACGUCGCGUACCAGCUAGGCGAAAAUAUGGGCAACUUCUACAUCAACGGAAAAUUGGAUGGCACGAGAACCGAUGGACCAGGUUUUCGCCAGGUCAAAUUUUAUGCGACCCUCGGUCACGGCGUGGAUCCCGAGGACCAAUUUUUUAACGUGCGUCUCUGGAGUACUCUCCGAACGGAGACGCAGAUCCGGGACUACGCUCUGGCGUUGCGCCCAGAGGAUAUGACUGGGACCGCCGCGAGGGGGCUGGUUGCGUGGUUUCCGCUUCAAGGUCAUACGUUUUCCGUGGGCGGGAGCGCGGCGUACACGUCGGGCAAUGGUGGGGGCGCAACAACAGGGGGGGCGCCGAUGUUCCGCACGGUGGACGCCGACAGAGUCCAAAAGGCACUGACGGAGGCAUGGCAGGCCGAGGUGGACGUGCACCUGGUCUGUCCUCCGCCCGAGAUGGAAACGGAUCACCCGGGUGGCAGUAUCGACGGCGGCGGUCUGUUUGGCCGAUUUCCCGGACACUGGGCCAAUCUCGAAGAGUGCGUCAGCCUGUGCGCGGACUGGUCUGGGCCGGAGCCUUGUGUCGGCGUCGUCUUUCUCCGCUCCGCAAACUCUACCGAAAAUAACUGCGUGCCGAAGGGAACUUGGACGCGGCCCGUCGCAGCUAACGCGCACAAUGACACGCGGCACAGUCAGCGCAGCGUCCGCUCCUGCGUCAAGCAGCUACAUCGGAUGAUGGACAACCUCACGGCGUAUCAACAUCCUUUCUCCCCGGGUCACAAUGUGACCUUGAGUAACAGCAAAGCAAUGAAGCCACUGCUGUUCAACCGUACCGCUCUGCUGCUCGACCAAAGAGCAAACGAAAGUAUCGGGCUCCGCGCCACCACGCUGGGGAAGCUUGCUGACGGGACUACUAUUGGGAAUCACACGUGCAGUGCGACGGGCCAGAUUCGCUCAGGGCGCAACUUCACUUGGUCGGUUCGCUUAGGCGGAGACCCUGACUACGUGCGGUGGUUUCGCAUUUGGGGGCGAAAAGAUCAGCAGGCGAAUAGCGCAUUGGCCACAACAAACGGCGUGGUAAGCGUGUUUGUGGACAAUCAGUAUGUGACGCAGUUUCAGGCCAGCAGCGUGGUCGACGAGGGCCCUGACGGAACCCGCGUUUUUCUUCACCGGAAAGUUUUCAGCAACAUUACGUUGAACAUGACGCUGCCUGCGGCGGUGGAAAACACCGAGAUGAGGCUACACAUCUGUGGUUUUCUGUUGUAUGCGCAGCGAGAGCCGCUCCGGGACCAGGCCCCCUGGGCCGCAGCCGCGACCACCACUACCACCACCACCACUACCCGCGGCCCCGCCGUGCAGUACCGUUACGAACCCGCUUUUCCCCCCGGGGACGGGGUGUGCGCGGAGGGUGCGAUCCGCGAGAAGCGCGGCUAUAACGAACCGCCGGAGCUGCCGGGCUCUCCUCUCGCGUCAAGGCGCGCGUGCCAACUCUGGUGCGACCGCCACGAAGACUGCAACUUUUACCAGUACCGCAACCUGGAAACCGCGGACGUACGGGCGGUUGACUACACGCACCACCCGCCCGUGGUGUGCCGCCAGUACCAUACCUGCACCGCACUUGUCGACCACCACGCGACCUACGGCCAGGCGGGAUGGAUUCACCGCAAAAUGCUGUGGAAGGACUGGAACCUGCACUGGAUGGGGGCGAAUCGCUGCCACCGCGUGGAGUACCUCAAAACUGGCUCGGUCAAGAACUUUCACUUGCAGCCAUUGAUCGCGUCCGAUCUCAAAGACCUGCCGCGACUCUCGCCAACCGCGACGGACUCAAUUUACGACCACCUCUCCGCGCUGGAGAGCACCGGCAGAGCAGUGAAGAAGAUGAAUGCGGGUGGAACUACUUCUACCUCGCAGGCCGCGAACAACGCCGACUCCGACGGCCUGUGCCGUCUACGGGUGUGCGGAGCGGCGUGCUUUUCGCGGCCCGAUUGCCUCGCCAUCGAGUUCACGACCAACCAGACCGAGGAUCUGUCGCCGCUAGCGAACCCCCGAGGGCGCUGCGCACUGGUCCUGGAGUCCGUGAAUCGUGCCGCGCUCGGGAAACCCGGCCUGCAAAUACGGUCCGUGUUGCGGGGAAGUGAACCAGUGCUGAACGAAACCAACGGAGGUCGGCCGGUCUUGACCACCCCGCGCUGUUACCAGAAGCAACCCGUGGAACACCGCAUGGUCGGGGUCUACAAAGCGGACUGUGCGGCCUCUACUUCAUCCUCGACCGCGACCUCCGUCAUCGACGACGUAGUGUUCGCUGAGCAGUCCUCCAGCGACGCAGAGACGGACACUUCUUGCAACGAGGAAUGUCUGGCAGACCCCGACUGCCUUGGGGUCACCUUCGCUAGCGGCAACGACGCCGAGGGGCUCCUCCCGCGCUGCCUGCAAAUCUUCGAACGGAACAACGAGGGCCUUGCCGGUAUCGCGACCAUCAAAGACGCAGCAACCGCGGAGCUUUCGUCCCGCACCUGCUACGUCAAGUCCGCGAUGGAACUCGAGUUACUACCGCGGCCAGUCGAGGGAGGGAAAUUCGACACCAGGCCCACUGCCGGGAUUGGCGGCGCUGUGCCCUGCGUCGACCAGGAUUUGACGACGCCGUGCCACAUUUUUGGAACGGGGGCGCGGCUAACUCAGGAGUACGCGACGCCAGUAUCCAUCAGCCACGUCGUGUUACACCUACAUCCCCGUCCCCACCGGUUCUCCCCUCACGAUCCGAACCACGUGGAAACCAGGCGGGCCUUCCACGCUCUUUUCUCCAACAUGACGGUUGGGCCGGACGGCCAGAACCCGACCCCACAUGACUGCUCGCGCUACCCCGCCCGGUGCGACCAAGGAAUCGAGGUUUUAUGCAUUGCAAAUAUGUCUGCCUGGGUCUGGGGGGACGCGAACUUGUUAUGCUAAGUCUGGAUCGUACAAAAAUUUGUGUUGCAUGACUACCAAAAGCUGUCCACUUUUGAACAAGUUUAGAGGCAGUUUGUGAUGCAGGAUAGGCAUGGUAGAGCUAGAGACGUCGCAGGAGAACCUGGCAUGCUAGGUCCUGCAUUCCAAACCUUAUGGGGCAUGGAAGAUAUGCAUAAAGAAGUUUGCACUCUUCCAGACCCAGACAUAUUUGCAUUUGAUAGGUUUGGGUAGGGGACAAGAAGAGUAGGUGCCCAGUAACCCAGCUGUACUCGGGUUGGCGCUGCGGCAAGAUCACCUACGAGGACGUGCAGGACACACUGGAGUCCACGCUGCGCGUGGACUGCGGCGGGGCCGUGGGACAGAUUAUCACGGUGGGAGCCCCAGGAAGCAAUCGCAGUCUCACGUUUUACGAGGUCGAAGUCUGGCGCCGACCAACUCCCUUUCGUCGGGUGAGGACAGAAAUCGACGCUGUGACCGUGUCUUGGUCGAAAGCGUGGCGGACAAGCUUGCAGACCGUCGAACAAAGCAAGAAGACACUUGACGUAUCCACUGCGCCUAGUCCAGAAUUAGACUGGGAAAAACAGAACUGCCCCGUAGCAAUGCGGGACGACGACGCUAGCGAGAACAAACUGUACUGGCAGAUCGAAUUUCCACCAACGCGGCGUUUUCUCGGGAUGACGCUGACACGCAGAGAGCCUGGUAACCAUCAGUUGGGGGCAAAUCAUUCGAUUAGUGUGGAUGACGUAACGACGGUGGCUUCCGUGCCGACACUGAGCACCACGGGAACGUGGAUCAACCUGCCACCCUUAGGGUCUAAAAUGCGUUUCGUGGGCGAUCCGGAAAAAGAGAGAUAUAUAUGCUGGUGCGGCCUUCAGCUCUUUGUAGAAGACGAACGAGCGCUCGAGCACCAACCUCGCGGACCGCAUGACUUUUACAUGGCGCUUCCUCCCGUUUACGCGCCAGUAGCGGAGCCGACUUCCCAAACCUAUACCGCGACGGACGGGGAGCGGCCUUCUAUGAUCAGCGUUACCUUCGCUGGUUACAGACGCUACUACUCGUCAGCGUGCCGCCACGUGGAUCAGGGCGGCGCGCUAAAAACCGGAAAUGAGAACCGGGUAGACGAAGACACUUUCGAUCCAAACAGUAGAAAAACUCGCAGACAGUACAUGAACCUGCGGCACGGUGUCUGCGCACAGAAGUGCAACAACCACCCCGCAUGCACCAUGUACGAGUGGCAGGAAAGCGCUAACGGGCAAACAGUAUGUAGAAGAUAUUAUUCAAUCGACGCCGACAGGGGCGUACUGGCGAUAGCUGCCAAUGUAUCAGCAGUAGCAGAAUCAGCUUUCUCGCUGAUUUGCGCCAUCCGUCUUGGAACAGGAGUGUCUGAUCUGGGACAACCAAGCCAGAGACUUCUUUUGCAGGAAAGCACAGGAGACUCUCGUGAAGAAACCAAACGUCCUAUGCUGGCUCAACGAUCUCACGAAAAGGAAAAGAGCGGGACCAACGAAAAUAAGGAAAGUAGACGGAGCACGGUUGUAACUGGAGGACUUUUGCAUCAAAACAACAACAGAAAAAGCCGUGCCGAGGCCGAGUCGGAAGAACUUACGGAAGAACUACCGCAACGGGGUUUUAAGCUCUCGAAGAUGAAAAAUGCCGCCUCGUCGCCGUCCAAACUUGUUGUACUUGAUGGAAGAAAUGGUGACUAUGUAGUAAACGGGAAUUUGUACUCCAGAAGCCGAAGGCCCGACGUCGUGGACAUCAACCGAAAAACACGUGCUCAUGAUCAAGAACAGAUCUCCGAGAAAAAAUACAGCACUCAACAUCAGACAGCGGCAGCGUAUGUCAGACCCUUCUCGGCGCGGACGACGGGUCGAGCCUUGACCACGCCUGACGCAAGCCAAACGUCAUCAAGCGAGUACACUUAUGUAGGGUGCUACAGAACAAAAGACGCAAGUAGCCAGGAACAGGCCAUGGGUUGGCUGGAUAACGCACUGGUGUUCGACUAUCACGCGGCGGAGGAACACGGGUACACUCAAGCGGCGGUGAAUAACGGGGUGGGUGACCUCGUGUCCGUGAAUCGGGCAGCGGCGCGGACUGCGGCCACGCCCAUCAACACAGCAGGAGCAGAUCAACCGGCAGCCGGCCCUGCCUUCUUCGGCAUCCAGAAUGGAAACAGCCUUUCGUGGUCCUACUUUUGGGGAAGCCCGGGAGAUUCCACUACACGAGAGCCGUUGCACGGUACGCGAUACUACGGCGCUGGUUCGGACUCGGGCACGGGACUGCCGCGGGGCGGCCCGGAAUAUACCUGCCGACCCUGCGCUGGUGGGGACGAUCCAGCCGAGGAUGGCAUGUGUGGCGGAGCAUGGGCCAUUUCUGUCUACCUCCGGAAAGGACCCGGGCCCGAGACCUGCGACGACCAGGGAGCACUGGCAUCUCAUGCUGCCGAGCAACAUCAAGCCUUGUUCGCGUAUGCGUUCGUUCCGCGCGAGGACCAAGGAUUCGGUAACGGCGACGCGGAUCCGUUUGGCGGGGGGGAACACAUAUGCAUUGCAAACGUAUCGCUAUCGUACUCGUAGUACUUGCAACUAUGCAUGACAAACCUUGUCCUCAAAGUAAAACAGCAUGACAAAAUCCAGUUCUCAUGCUGAGAAAAUUUGUAUAUGCGUUGAUACGACGAGCACGAGUACGAUACUUUUGCAGUGCAUAACACAGCUACCAAGACUACGAUGCGGACCUAUCCCAGCGAUCGGAUGUGAUCGACGGAGGCGAUGUGCAGGGUCGCGAUGUGAACGACGCGCGCGCGUGCGCAGUAAGGUGCAACAACAAGGCGGACUGUGAAGCAUACGAGUUCGGUUUCGGCGUCGGCGCACAAGGCAAGUGCAUCCUGUACAAUACCAAAACGUACUCCCUGCCCUACACGACCAACUUCGUCUUCUGCCGAAAGCAGCGCCAGAUUCUCCCGGGAGCAGUCGCCUUCUACGUGCUCGACAAGGAGACAGCGUAUGUUCAGAGUGACGACGGCGAGAACCGCAUUCGCGGACGCAUCGGCCCAGACAUGAGUUGCGUUGACGGGAUGGAGCAGCACUUGGGGUCACGCUGGGGCACCUCGGAAAGAGUCGACCACUCUGGGACAAGAACGGAGUUUGGGGUGUUGCGCUUUGAAAAAGACGGGGUUUGCCGCGCCCCGAUUGUGGACGCUGAGGGCAUGAAUCCCUAUCAGAUACCCGGGGGAGCUGCCGCGAGAACCCUGGCGGGCUGGUUCAAACUUAACGGUGCCCCCGCCGUACCAAACGCAAAUAUGUCUGAGUCAGAGUCUGAAACCUCAUUGCGGCGUGCGUGUUUGUUGUCAUGCACCUUCUUUGUUCGAAGAUCACUAUUUUUAUGUUCACACUGAUUCAUCAUCGUCUGGAAUCUACUUUGACGCAAAGGCAAUACGAGUUUUUUUCCAGGCUCUCGAUGCCUCUCCACCCAAAUGAGCAGUGCCAGAGGCUCGCUGGCUCGCUACUCGUUUUCCCGUAGCACGACCCCGAAAUUAUGGGCGACAGCUUUUAUUGGCACGACCACGCAAUUCUUUGCCUUUUUUUAUUGCUGCAUUGAUUCCACCAUUUCGUCCAGAUGAUCCAGACAUAUUUGCAAUGCAUACGCAGGUGCUCCGGCGGAGAGCGUGCACGGACAGGUUUUCGGGUAUGGACCGAGUUCUCCAGCGACUGGAAACACGCAGUACUAUCUCAGUGUGGCCACAAGUGGUCAAAGCGUCGAACUCCACCUCGACGUGUGGCGCGUAUCCGCGGUCGUGGAGAAUCUCCCCGACCUGACAUCCCCCGUUUCGUCAGAGGGUAGCGACUGGUAUUUUCUUGCUGCCACGUACGACCCCGCAUCCAACGCAAACACGCUGUACAUCAACGGGCAACUGAUCUCGAGCCAGACGCCAGCGACAGUCCCCGCCACACACGUCGAGGGAGCCGAUGCGUUCCUGCAGAUGGGCGGGUAUCGGGCCGUCACUGCGGACGGGACGUGCACCUUUUGCAAGUUCCUGCGCGGCGAAGUUGCGUCUUGGGCCGUCUUUGCCCGCAGCCUCUCGCCGUUGGAAAUCGGCGCGCUCUACGAAAGUGGGGCUGCCAUGUCCGAUGGAGUGGUUCUGCAGCCUGCGCCGGGUAUUCCCGCCCCUCCGUCGACGACGACGACAACGCCGAGCGAUGAAGCGGACGACGACGACCUGGAGUUCCUCGAUGACGCGCUGGAUUCUGCGGUGGAUUUGCACCUUCCGACCCUCUACACCUUCGCGUCGGAUCACCUGUGUCACGGCGCGGGCUGCUUCGAAGAAGAGUGCUGCCGGGUGCGGCAGCAGUGCCGCGAGGUGCCUCCACCUCAGCUGGAAGCGUGGAACUGCACGGAUACGCGGCAGUUUAUGGAGGAGGGCAUUAAGUGAGUGUCCUUGCGCUUACUCUUUGUCUUUCAGUGCGAUCGUGAUCAUGAUCAUCAUAUUCACAUUGUAUUGGUUUCGGUAAUCCGUACCCCCAAAGCGAGGAACAAAAAGAAUAUUUUUACUUCCAGGGCGAGGUGUAAGUCUAAGUAUGGGCGUCACUUUUAUGCUGCGAAAUGUGUGCCGAAACUGGUAGCUACUCCAAAGCGCAUACUGGAGCUGACUGAUCUCUGCAAAAAACUAGCUUUUUGAUUUUGUCAUGCAGAAAGGAUCCACCAGUUCCAGACAGGGACAGUGACAGAUUCGUCCUUCCUGAUCCUGUGUGCACAGCUUUUUUGUGCAUGACAAGUUGCAAAAUAACGCCCCGUGCUCCUUUGUGCGCAUUUCCCGCUUGAUCGAGGAAAAUGUGCAUAAAGGACGGACUUUUCGUGCGGCGACGAAGGGCAUUCACUUAUUUCACUUCCCCUCUAUACAGUCCGCACCGGGAACGCGCGGCGUUUUGUGGGCGCUGGACGACCCUCGGUUGUUCCCGGACCGGCAGCAAGCCGACAGCAAGCGAUAUUUCCGCGCCGCGCACACCUGCCGCGGAGAAACUUGCCAGGCAGACGAGUGCUGCCCCCGGCGGCAGCGCUGUGGGGAGGCGGAAGCGGACGUGAAGACGGCGAUGCUUGCGCAGUGCACAGCGCUCGCGAAAGCAAGACAUGCAGCUACCGAGUUCCGCUCCAAUCAAGUUUGCACCACGGACCGCUGCACCGUUGAGAGGGAUCUCAACUCCUGCUGCCAGUUUGUUCGCUUUCCCUGCGCCGACUCCCAACGGGUAAUCGAAGACUGCAAACUGCGUCACCAGGCACACCCCUGGGAGCAGCGUCCCUUCGUGAGGGAGGCCAAUUGCACCUCCUGGAAUGAGGAGUCCUGCUCCGUCGACGUUUGCUGCCCCUUGGCGGCAACUUGUGGCCAGGGGCCGCGCGUGGUGGUCCCCCUAACGAGUGUGCUGGAAAAAUUUCCACUGCCAGCCGAUUACCCCGCAGAGCUGCUAUCCACCGAGGACGUUGACUUGUCACCCCCGUUGCUGCGACGACGUGUGCAGAUGGGUGAUCCACCUGGUGGUGGGAUGGAGGGAAUGGGUGGUGGGAUGGAGGGAAUGGGUGGUGGAGCUGCAGCCGCCACAACGACAACCACAACUACGAGCUCUACAACGACCACGACCACCCCCUCGCGCUACAAGGGGCCCAUAAUCGCAUCGGGGCAGAACGAGCUGGCGACGGCGGCCGUCGUAGUGCCCAGCCUUCUGGCAACCCAGCCGGAUAUUGCCGUGGCGGAACGGGCGGAGGUGUUGUGGGUGGGAGCAGCUGAUUUGUCGGACGUGUUGCAACCGGUCGUGCGACUGAAGCAGCACUGCAAUACUGAGUUGCGCCAGUACUUCAAUGCUACCAGAUUCUGCUUCGGGAGCACGAUGGAGAGUUGUACAGUCGAUACUUGCUGUCCGAUGCCCCUCCAUCCCUGCACUGCAGAAACAAAUGUCAUCUGCCCGCGGCACCACUUUCUAGAUACCCGCAAGUUCUGCCGCCACUGGAGCAUCGAGAGCUGUGCGCCGGAGGAGUGCUGCACGCCGCAGCGCGUGUGUUCCGGCGACGUGAUCCGGCCACUGGCCGCAGUGCACCGGAACAUCAGCCGCACGAUCGACCUACGGUCGGCCCACAGUACGAGGAAUCCGAGCCUGGAACAAAUCGCCGCGAACAGAUCGACGGACUUCUUCUUAAACGGGACUGAAAGGGUUCUUCUAAAACACUCCUGCGACGCGGGGCGUCGCUUUAAAAACUUCGCCAGUACGCUGCCACUGAAUGCGCACAAUUGGACCAGAAUCUACCUCGAGAUGGCCGCAAACCCGCACUUCUUUUUGACGAAUGACCAGACGGUUUAUAUCAAAAAUAUCGACCGGAGGUACUGGAAGAAACACGGUCCCGGGAACAGGUACGUGAGCCAUCUUCCGUAUACGCACUCGGACAAGUUCUACUUUCGCAAAGCCUUCCUUGACUACUUUCAGAACAACACGCAUGCGGACCACCUGCAGCGCUGUGCGAACGACAGUACGACCUCCUGCACCGAGGAACAGUGCUGCCCGAUGCCACUCGCUUCUUGCGCGGAGGCGGCAGCUGCCGAUUUGGUCACCUGCGAUCCUGUGACGGAGUACUUGAAGCCGACAAACCUGUGCUGGGGUCCGUUCGCCCGUAACUGCACGAAGGAAGACUGUUGCGUGCCGCGCUUCUCUUGCAAUGACAGAGUGAAGUACAAUGACAGGAACACGCUCCGAUUCGUGCGCGACGACCCAACGCAGUGCCAACCGCACGAAAACGGGGGCAACGUCUUCAAGCGCUAUUACAACUGGAAUAACUUCUAUCCAAGAAAAAAACUGUGUUAGUGUAACCUGUUGUUCCAUCGGAUCAUCAUGUUCAUAAGCAGCUGCAUCACUUCUACAAGAACAAGAAAUUCGUGUUGCAUUACAGAGGAAACCUGUCUCACGCGCAGCUAGUACGUGGAAACAGCACGCAUGCAUCUGAGUCAGUUGAACUGACCUAGGAUGCAUAUCCAGCAUAACAGGUGCGACAGUCUUGCAUCAUCCAAAGCACAAGUUUACACAUACACUUGCACACUUUUUUCUUGGAUAACUUCUGCGCAACGGACGAGCCCUCCUCGUGCAGCGUGGAGACGUGCUGCCCGACGGAAUUAGCAGUUUGCCCGAAGUAUCCGGAAAGUUAUCGCGCGAAAAAAAUGUUACAGUUGUUACACCCUGAUGUGUUGUAUGACAAGCAAGAGAGUUAACGUUUGCGAAGCAAAAAAUGCGUGCGAGCCUCGUUUUUUCAUGCGUGUUCCUUUGUUUUUUCUAUGAUAAUGAUCUUCGCAUUGCAGCUGCAAGUCUUCUUUGUAUAUGCAGGACAACUUUGUGUUGGUGUUCUUAUCUUGGCUUCUUGCUGAAAUUGCAGCCAGUGUGUCACUGGAGCAUUUUUUUUUCCUUGGAUACGAGUUGCUCUUUGUCGACCAACAAAGCCCCGAGGUACCGAGAAUGCCAAAUGCAGUUUGAAGCUGCCGGAAUCGCGGACCGGUACGCUGGCGAGUAUGAACGGGUGUAUGACCGGAAGGACCAGGGACACCACACUGGAGACACUAAUUUCGACCACCCAAGUGGUCGACGCCAAAAGCCGAAUGACGUAGAUCAAGGGCGACACGGAAACCUGCGCAAUCGGUAUUGCACGAUUACUAUCUUCGACGAGUGGUCUACUGAAAGUGAACAAAGUCAGGCGAUAGCGGCCAUCGGAAAGUUUUCUUGCACCGCUCAGAACACCGAGGCAGCCGUGGAACUCCCGAUAAUGCGAGCUAUGAAGGAUCGGCUCGAGUUUGACCACAGUACCGCCGAGAGCAUUUUGGAGGCUUAUGCCGCUGCCAACCCCAGCAGUGGCCAGAAUUUUGUAGGAAACACGUACGCCGCAUUCCUGUGUGCGGCGGAGUAUGGCCACCCCGAGCUGCGAUUUGCCGACGGGUCCGUGUACAUGAAAAGACACGGGUUCUGUUGCGCAGAUUGCCUCCCGCAGGAGAGCGACUGGGGUGCGGCGCAGCUCGCGGGGGUGUGGGACGACCUUCGGUAUGGGUCCUACCUGAGCCUCGUCGUCGGAGACAGCACGGGAAAACCAAAAGCAACGCUCUACGACACCACCUGGCGCGACCCGCUCGACCACGAGUUUGACGCCGUAUUCGCCUGGCCUGUGGGCGGCUCGCAAUCCCGGAUGGGACCAAUCGAUGCCCUGUAUCGCGUCGACUCCGGCACGGACGCGCUGAAUAACCGCACCGGUAUUCUGGUUUCGUCUACGUCACUCAGCUCUGCAGAAAGCUUGCUCAAUGGCGAUAGCACAUUUUUCCUGGAAGCACCGCAGGAUGAAGGCUUUCGACGUCGCGCAGUUGCGGAGUCCUCUACCACUUCGUGGCCGCCUAGAAAAGCAAAGCAAAGAAGAUCAUCUCUUUCUCUUCGAGAUUUACGAGCAGGACGAAGAAAAAAGUCUCCUGGUAGUACGAAAGCGCAACCAAGAAUGCUGCAAAGUCACAAGAAGGACAAGCUCAAGAGCAUGCGCAAAGAGGACACCACCGGCAACAGGAAGCUCCACGAGUCCUCCGGGGCCUCGCGCCAUCGCUCUUUGUUUCAACAGGACACUGAAGACGGGCGCGAGGAUUUUUUUAGUCCGCAACUACAGGACGAGGUUUCAUUAUUUUUCAACGAUCUGGCGUCGCAGUCUUGCAAUCUCCAGGAGAGUCUUGACGCAUACUGCCAAAGUCUUGAGAAUGACGAGUACCUCGAGCAGUCUGAGUGCUCCACAGUGCUCUCCGUGCUCUCGUACGCCCGCCACGUCGCUAUUGCCGACGCAGACGGCAAUCACAAGCACUACGAGUGGCGAUGCUAUCGCAGCCUAGACCUGUCUGAUCCGAUGACCGACCAACUGCCACCGCAAGGCAAGGGGCACUGCGUGACAAGUAGCGGGCGAGAAUGGACGCAGUGUCCGCGCGGUGACGCUGCGGACGAGUUUUGCACCCCAGACCGAGAGCUGUCCGCUUUGGCACUCGAAUUGCUCCGGCAUGGCCAAGUGGGAGGCUCCCGCUCUUGCGGUGCGGCGGACGCUCCCUGGUGGCCGGGUUUCUCAGCUUCCACCAUGGGGAGCUCGUCCCCUCCUCCUACAUUCCCCACAGCAGACGGUCCGCGCUACGAGGUCGUCCUCGGCGUGGAGUGCUCGGCGUCUCCUGAUGCGAUGCCGGGUGGCACAACUUCAGCUGCGACGAAGCUGGGCUAUUUGUGCGCGACCCCAUUCGAUGCCCGCUACCCUGCGUGCCGCAACGUGGUGCUCGACGGAGACGUGGACGACGCCGAGGGAAAUUCCUGCGCUGGAGUAACUCGGCAACGUAUGACCGCACUCGAGGGGCAGCUUCUGUGCAACCGUUACUCUGACUGCGCCGGUUUCACGAGCUGGUCCGACGAAGCCGAGUAUACAGAAGAUGACGUCGACGCACAGCAAGCUGGUGGCGAAACCGAAAGCCAAGACACUACCGUGGGUAGCGGGUCCUCCCCGUCCUCGGCCUCCUGCCGUGGUGGAACAAAAGUGAGGCUUAUGCGUCAAGUCGACAUCAGUAGAACAACCACCACGUCGGUGGCCACAAGUGAAGACGUGCAGUACACCGCCAGUAGCGCCUCCGGCAAGAAGUCUUGUUACGUGAAAACCGGCACAACUGCAGCACUCGGCAGAACGACGGAGGAACAAGAACAACGCGCGGGGGGCUCCUCGUCUUCCUCCUCUACGAUGGUCUCUACCGCGGUGGAAGAUACUAACGCAGGCGCCUUCGUGGGGCUCGGGACUGCGCUGCACUGGCACGUAGAAACGAACUCCGCUUGCAGUGGAACACGAAUCCUGAACAUGAGCGCGCUUGUCGACCUGGAAGUCUUGGUUCCUGCUGACACUGGCGGCGAAGUCAAUGAUUGGCGAACGAUCCCACCGCUCAUCAGGCGCACGACAACUCUGGUUGACUAUCCGGACGACUUGGUCGAGGACGAUGACCUCCAGGGACCCUACUCCACGUCCGGCAACCCAGCGACGUGCAUGCAACUCUGUGCUGAUUUUGUCACUGCGUUUGGGACCGGUGCAUGCUCCGGAUUCACGUACUUUGCGUCUGACCGGUUUACGGGUCAAGGUCCGGUGCGGGGCACGUGUCGGUUCUUUCGUGGGUUGCUUUCGUGGACUGAUGCCAGUGGAAGCGGACAGGAUCAGGAGCGACAUUGCUAUCGCGUGGUUGGGCAUCACGUCUCGUCGGCCCUUGUCGCCGCUCCCGUGUUCGGAUUCUAUCGCGUGGGGAGCGGGUGGCCCCUGGAUAACACGGGCCGCAAGCUGUUUUGGGAUCACGAGCAAAACACCCCUGAUGCCGCAGUGUUCGGCUCUUCGUUUUCCUCCAGCAUUUCCGCCGUGGAAACCGCCACCGAGUGCGCGAUCAGGUGUCGAGAGGAUGCGGCGGGUUCUUGCGCGGGCUUCUUGAUGCGCGUACAGGGAUUCAGUUCGGAUUGCUUCACCUUCACCGUGCAACAGCUUGCUGGUUCAGGUCGCGGGGCGCUUCUUGGUGUUGAUCAGCAAAACCCGGAACAAGAUCUCGGCAGCGCCGCAGCGUCAACCUUGACGAGCUACGAAACCUUCCUCCGCGCGGAUGUGCAUCGCCUGGAUGCAGCGGGAUUCGACCACUUCACCAGCAGCGAAGAUGGAAUAAACGUGCCUUCCUCGUCGUUGUCGUCCAGCUGGGAAUCAGCGAGCCUGUACUCGUUUGUCGUGCACUCAAUGGCCGCGUCUACCACCCCGAACGCAAUGUGCGACAACAACUUUAACGGUUGGGCGCCCUUUCCCAAAACCGUGAUGACACUCAUUCCCUCUGAGCUAAAAACUUCAGCUUUUCAGCGGUGUAUCUCGCAGUAUGCGGACGUCGGUAUCGGUAUGAGCAGCGCAUUUUGCUGCAAGGCGGAGCCUCUAGAAGGCUGGGUGCGCGGUUCGAGCGAGCGCCUAGGUAGCUUUCUCGUCGGUGGCGCGCAACUAGGCGGAGGGUCGCACGCUUCAUCAGCUGGACUUGUGGCCGACCUUCCCAUUCGCGCCGUGGAGGGCAGCCGAAAGAAUUUUCUCCAGCCGGUGGUCCAUAUUUCCAAGUUUCGACAAGCCAUGUACACCGCAACGAGCUUUGACUUCGAGGAUGUGGAUCUUGACGAGAUAAAUCUGCGGCAGGCGAGGCUGACCUCCGAGGGGUGGCAUUGGCGAAACCUCACGCAAGCCUUUCCGGAAGAGACUGAAGUGAAGAGCUUCUCCGCGUCUAGCGACGCACCGUUUUACCAGGUACUGCCGCCCGCCGAGGCCAACCUCGGAGCGUGGCACCGCCGGGUCCAGCUCGUGUCCGGCCUAGUCCGGGAUGCGUCCCGUGUCGAGUUUCUGACCCGUGUGCAGUGCACCGUUUACGUGGUUUUGCGAUGCUAUGGAAGCGUCAGGACCGAAAUCGACAAAAUCGAAAUAGAACUUGUAUAUGCAUAAAAUGUAAGGCAUGGGGUGCCUGUGUCUGUCUUGCGGGGAUGGCAAGUGAGGCCGAUUGUGAGCCUGUUUAGGAUUUGAAAUAGACUUGCUAAAGUAGCAUGACAAAAGCAGUCUUCUGCGCCCAAACAGCAUGACAGAUUGAAUUCCGGCGCUCGAAAAAUUUGUCAUGCGCCUCUUGGAAACUGGGCUCCAACUGGCAUCCAUUUUAUGCAUGGCAAGUUAGUAGCUCAACCUUUUCGAUUUCGAUCCUGACACUUCCAUAGAUGCGUGCACGCGGACUACUGCGACCCGUUUUUGCAUUCGUCCGAGGAGUACUACGGCUUUGACGGGUUCGAGGAGGUGCAGGAGACUGGAGGAACCGAGUGGCAGCUGCGGCACCAAGAACCCGCUGGUGCAUCCGCCGCGCCCGUUACGACAACUUCAGACCUGAAGAUUUGGAAGAAGCGCUUUUUCACGGAGGCCGUUUCGUGGACCCUGAAGCGAAAGUCUUCCUCCCUUUGGCCCACCAGCUCUGACGUCUCCGUCAUGCGCGGCCCAUCCUUCGAAGGCACCCAAUUUGUGGAGUUCCACGAGGAUGCACCCGUCGAGCGGCCGCUGCAGUGGACUAUUGAUGGUGUGUCCGUCCUUACGAAGCAAAUCGAUGGUGACUGCUUGUAUGAGAGUGCGCAUCAACUCCGAUUCCCUGCUCCUGUCCUCACGUUUUAAAGGCCAUGAGCCGGUGGCGUAGCGGAAGCUGCAAUCAUCAUGCCUGACGAUCGUAUUGUGCUUCUCCUGCUCCUUUUGCGUGAAAAUUCCAUGCUUGUUUUCAGAUUCGAGCCCUUUUUGAUAGUUGUGCUUGGGCUUCGCUGGAGGUUGAAACUUGGUAUGCGAUAAGACAUGUAUCAUGUGCAGCUACCUGAGCAGCGCAAGUCGUGCGAGAGAUGGCCACGGCAAUUGCGUUCUUGCUGUUUAUCUUUUUUUUAUUUUGCAUGAAGAAUAAGACAUGACUUUGACUGAGCGGCAAAGUUCCUGGGACUUGUGUCCUGUGGAUGAUGGCAUUGGCGCUUCGGUGCAGCUCGCCUGUUGUCUUCCCUCCUCGACACGAAGGCGUAUGCUCCGCUGCUCGUUGCAUACAUGAGGCACGAGGUGGCAAAGUUGUGCAAUAUACAAUGCGUGUCGCAUAAUUUCUCCAUCUCGAGUUAUGUUCGUAUCAGGAGAGCAUUAGCAGGUGCAGGGGCAGGGAACAACUUUUGCGCACUUUCAUAACCGGCGAGCAGCGAGUGCUUCUACGCCGGAGGAAGACGCCGCUGUGCGGAAGGAGAGGAUGUCUGCCGCGACGGCCACGGGGUACAUCCACUGCGUCGAGGACGAAUCUUCAUCGCAGCAAGCGCGGGCAGGAGCGCAAGUCGGUCUUCAGUUCAGUUCGCUGCUCCCCCAACAACAAGGUAGCGCUGGUUCCCCGCCCCUGGCGCGGUACGCCUGGCGCGAGAUUCGUAUCCGGCUCCAUCCAGGUCCGUUUUCCGUGUAUGUGCAAAGAUACCGUGAUGAGCAGAGCGCCUUUGCAGACGCCAGUGUUGACCUGGCGAACACAGCAGGGUACGACCCGCACGCCCUCGAAGACUUCAUGUACUACUUCGGCCACAGUGGGCGUGCAUUCUUCACCUGCAGUCGUGCGGGGUCGACACAUACGGAAACCGCACAGGAAGUCACAUACUACAGGGACCACCCGACGUCAACGUCCGCUGGCCAGAAGUUCAGGUUGCCUUCGCAACAAGAAGUGGUGAUCGCAGUGCAGUCUGACGGUGUUCUCGGGGAAUCGGUGGUGCGAAUUUCGUUCAACGAUGAAGACGUGUGGCAUUUCACUAGAGUAUCAAAUGCAAACAUGUCUGGGUCUGGAAGGUGGUUGCAAGACUUGUCAUGCAGAUUUUCCAUGACGACCCAUAACGCCUGUAAUGCAUGACGUAGCGUCACAGAUUUUUAGACGGCUCCGUGAUGCCUACUCCGCAUGAAAAAUGCCUAUAUCUAGCGCGCAACCGACCACAAAAGCAGUAGCGUUCCAAGUUUGUAAGAAUAACCCAACAAGGCAACGCUGGAGCUCCACCUUGCUCGCGGGCUUGGAUGGUAAAGCAGGUCAGCCACAUCUAGCGCCCACUGGCCGUACGCACGCGUAAGAAAUCGGAAACGGUUCGGCGGAUGCGGUCGGGUGGUAUCUGUAGGACGUGGAACGGGUGCCCACCUAGGGGCAUUGGCAGAGGCUAAAUCUGUUCUAACGCCACGGCAUUGGCAGAGGCUAAAUCUGUUCUAGCGCCACCCUGACAGGAGUCAAAUGUCAAAGCGAUGCGAUACGAUACGCGUAGCACAAACUGGACCGCUCUUGUUGCUCGUCAUGCAAUACAGAUUUUUUUAUAGAAUAGAAUCCAGAGAUAGCAUCACAAGUUCAAGUUGCAACCCUCCAGAGCCAGACAUAUUUGCAAUGCAUAUAGAGCGGAGGAUUACCAGCCAGACAACUCAUUUCACCCGAACCGCCUCUGGUCGACGCUCUUCAGCGACCUCCUGAAAGACGGCACUUCGCGCAUCGGCGCAUUUGGUGUGACCGCCGUACCGCAGGAGGUGCUGGACGUGGCCACUGACGCGACUGCGACUGGUGAAGACGAAGACGCUGAUGAAACUACUGAGGCAGAGCAGGACGCCAACCCCGGCGUGGUUUCUACAACAUCUACCACGAAGAGUGCUCGCAUUCUCCUCUCUUCCGCCCCGCCCGUGGAGCCCGACGUCUGCAGCGACCUGCAGUACGAAUUGGUCAUUGCAGAGCAAAGGUGUCCCGUCCCGCAGAUGCUACACUUGGACGUAUUGGGUUCUGCGAACUGGCCGACUGCAGACGCGACCCACGUCGAAAGUAAACGCGCGUGCGCAGCUGCGUGUACGCGUUCUCGGAGUUGCAACUACUUCCUGUGGCAGAAUCAAAACGGUUGUGCUCUCUACUCCGCUUGCGCGCCCGGAUCGCUGACCUCGCGCCCCUCGGGUCCCUCCUUGGAGAUUCACUGCCGACGUCGCAAGGACGCGGCGCCACGAUUUGCGACUCAGGCACACCCGGUGAUCGAUUACGUGCCGUCCAUGCGCGGAUUUCGUUGCAAAAAAAACGCAGAAUCCGUACUGCUAGGUCCGUGCGACGGCCAGGCGGACAUCCUGGAUACAUCAGACGUGACUGCGGACCACUACCAUCUAAAUGCAGUGCACGAUCGAGGAACGGAGGCCACGCUUUUUUUCGAGGGCUCUCCCGCACAGCGGGACCCGAACUUUCGGGUAUCGCAGGAAAGCUGCGCAGCUCGCUGUGCAGCAACGCAGGGCUGCGGCGUUUUUGCUGUAUGGACGCCCCCCUAUCCGAGGUACGAGCGCACUUCAGACGCUGCCGAACGAGGGGACGACGUUCCAGGAACGUGGUCGCCCAAAGGCCAAGGCUUGAGCGCUACCUGCUGCAUUGUAUAUUCUACCCGAACCUGUGAGCUGGAACACAGGCUGUCGCAUGCUGCGGCGGAGCAUCUUUACGCGCAGAUGGCCUUCUACACAUUGCCCAAAAAGUUGCUGCACAUCCCCGCCCCAGAUUUACCAGCUACGAUCCUACCUGGUGGUACCCGGUGUCGCAGAAUAAACGAUUCCACACCUCGGUGGGGCCGGCGUGGGAAGUGUGCGCACCAAAUAAUAACGGGUGGCAGCACAGUCAAAACCGAAACGAGGAACCUUCCGAUUUCUGGGGAAACCGACCUUCUUCGCGGACCGAACCCGGACGAUUUCUUUGUUUCCUGGUCAACCUGCAACCAAGCCUGUCUCGGAAUGAAUGCGCAGGAUCAUUCGCCUGAUGGCGUCCUCACGGGCGCCCGUUGCAACGCGUUCGCGUUGUUUCCCUGGGGACACGUAGUACUCACGCACGUCAACCAUCGCUGCUGCGUUUUGUUCGAGAACUGCGAGCCUGAGUGGGAUGGGAGGAUGGACGAGCCGAACGGCUUGGUGCUGUUUAGUCCUGUGGAGCGGCCCCCGCCGCCACUCCCAAAGAGCUUGGUGCUGGGUGGCAUGCUGCUCAACUUUCGCUGCCUUCCCAACGGAUCGCCACAGCUCGUGGAUGCCGCCACCGGCGAGGUGGCCUUCCAAAAGAUCGGCGCCACUUGUUGCAACGCCAACGCGUUCGGUUGUGACGAAUGGCGGCGAACGACAUCGACAAAUUAUCGAGGGUGCCAGGCCGUCACCGAAUCCGGAAAGCAGUGUCGGAGCUGGGCCGAAGCGCAGAGUCUUGGGGACGUGUAUUUCAAUGCGACGGAAACCGGUCUUGGCAGUAUGGAUGGCCAGCUGAAAAAGAUGGUCGGAAACUACUGCCGCAACCCGGAUGCGAGAAGACACCUGGACCAGUGGUAUCAAGACUAUCGCAAGAAAAAACUGUUUCACUCUGAACUUGUGACGCAGCAUAAAAUGGAACGCAGAACUAUAACUAUUUCUUUGUCUUGCUCCUAUACCCGCAGCAAGACCAUCUUGACUCUUGAAGUGUGUUUUCCCUUUGGAAGCGCGCAUGGCAAAUUUUUUCUGUCAUGUGUAUAGAUAGAAACUUGUGAUGCUGAUCUUGCAAAAUGAUCACAGUGAAGCAGCUUUUUCGUGGGAUAGACAGAAGAACAACAACAAUGAGGGGCUUCAAAAUCGGGACGAAGCACGGGCGCGGCAUUACAGCCCAACGCUCUGGUAUGGAAUAAAAAAAGUUCGACGUCAUAGUCACUAACUUCCGUCUUUGACUUUGCAUGUAGAAAUUUUACUCGCGUUACAGAGUCUUCUUGUUUUUUUGCACAAGUACAAGGCAGAAAAUCGUAAUUGCGUGCGAAAUUUGACUGUGGUGCAUUUUUACGCAUGGCAAACGCAGACAGUUUUUUAUUGCAAAAAUGCGCAUGCGUGAUCGUGGACGAGAGCUUUUUUAUUUGAUAUCUGGUGCUACGUUGAGGGCGGUGAGGACAUUGACCCAGACCCGAAUCGCACAGUCCUGCCCUGGGAGCGUUGCAUCGGCAACCUUCGGGACGACCACAAUAUGGAGUGGGAAGAUUGCGACCUCGGGCCAACGGGUGUCCUUGCAAUCAAUAAGACGCACCCGACCCCGCAGUGCAUGUGUGGCCCGAUUGAAAUCACUUCGGAAUACCGACAGUACAGCGAGAACGCUUACUGUGUCCGGUUUCCUCUGCUUCAGCCCGGUGCCAAUUUUUCCUUGGGGUCGCACAACAAAGUCUUCUAUGGAACCCACUUCUACCAGAAUCGGUCGACCGAUGAGAAGCACCAGAGAAAUCGAGAAGCCGUGGAAAGUGGAAAAAACCCCCCUUGGCAAGUCCCAGACGGGUUCCCAGGGGUGUGGUCCCGAAAGUUGACUACACCUUUCAGUUCCUCGAGUAUUCCGAAGAGAGGAAGAUUAGGCUCAGCUCGUGAAGAUGAAGAUCGCAGCUCCUUUCAUUCACCGGUGAAAAGGAUCGAAGAAAACGCUGAUGCGCGCCCCGAUGUUGAAGAUGUUGACCUCAACAACGUCGACGAGCUCGACGGCGACCAAGAUGUUGACCUCAACAACAUCGUCGACGAGCUCGACGGCGACGACGUGGAGACAGAGGACGCUUUUCAAGAACAAACAGGCGGAUUCGAGCGCCCGGGGCCGGGGCUGGACCUGGAGCGUCGGCGAAAAGAGGUGGUUGGACCCACCGUCGUGGACGACCACGAGAACAACCAGCAGAAGUCGCAGUACGAAUACUACAACUCCGACUCGGGCUCCGCACGACCCACAGAAGUACAACUGCGCCGGCGGCUCAGUACUAACGUCCCUUGUUCCGCCAUGAUCGCCUCCCGGGAUGACGAAAAGAGGGCAACGCGACUUUGCCAGACUCUGCACGGAGACUCGGCCGCGUCCUGGAAGGUGUGGCCGAGUGACAUGUGCAACACGGGCGAAACGCUGGAGGCGUGCACAGGUCAGUGCUGCACCUCGGGGUCUUCCGAAAUGUACCGAAAUAUCACCACCUUCGAAACCCACCACUACUGUGAGAGAGACACGGGAGACGCGUCCUCUUGCGGCCAUGGAAAUUGUUGCGCGGACAUGAUUAUGUGUCAAGCGGCCGCGCGCAACCUCCAACAACAUUGCAAGCUGGCACGGCGCCAGUGGCAGCCGCACCUGCGAUGCUACUCCACCAGCUUAAACUCCUGUUCCAUGCAGACCUGCUGCCCAGAACGGGAGCCCAUGACCUGUGGGCAAGCAAAGUGGGCGCUUCAACGGUUGCAUCCGCAUUGGUGCGAGGGGCGGAUGAUUUCACGGGAUAAGCAGUGCCCAGGCGCCGACGUCGGGGCUUGCACCGAGGACUUGUGUUGCAGCGUUGCUAUGGACAAGUGCAAGGUCCAGGCGGAGUUCUUGAUGGAGACGGGAACCUGCAACGUUUUUGGUGUGGACCCAAUGCGGCCCACCCAGGUGAUCCGCCCGGAGGUCUACUGUCUAAACACGACCUGCGGGGUCGAGUGUUGCGCCGAACUACCCGACCCCGCAACCAGUCCCGGGGCAUGCCACUCCUGCCGUGCCCGUGAGGGCGACGAGAUUUGCAGCCUGGCGGAUCUGCAGCAGUACCCCCAUGGACUCUGGUCGGGCCCAGUGGCACCGCUUUCCGACGCAGAUGACUUGCCCUUGACGAGUUGGGCCGAGCUGCAAGCUCAAACGAUGCAAGUGCGUGUGGGCGUCAAGGAGCUCGCGGCCGCAGCAGCUACUUCCCGGCUCGGUGGUGCCUGCGCCUGCGCGGAAGGCCGCCGGCCUGUCGCGAAUGACUUCCACUUCGGGUCCUCGCUGCCCGGCGUGGCGCCGGGCGACCUGUUACCGAACCCGUCAUUUGAGCUGCUACCGUUGCGCACAGACACGAUGACACCCGAAGGUCUCUUUCGAUUGUUUCAGCCGCAAAGUAAAGACAAACGGUUCAUGUAUCAGACGGGUGGGAAAGUUCGGAACUCGUACAGCUUACCAGGAUGGUCAUUUUUUCCGUUGUCCGACGAGGAAGCCGCAGGAGUCCCCCGCCCUGAAGCGUCCUCCAUCGGGGCAGGUUCGCCGCACAGUGCGGCAAACUCGGAGACCGCUUGGUUUGAAGAGUAUACCACGGCUUACGCGGACGGGCGAAACAAAUGGGCCCUCGGCGUUGCGUUCCCGUCUGCCGCACUGGACUUCGUACUCCCUGCAAAGAAAACAAGGCUUGCUGGCCAUGCGAUUGAUCAAAAUCGCCCUGUUUUUGCGGAAAUUUCCUUCACGGCGGUGGUUGUGCCUCGCGUCCGAGAUGUGGGCGGGCGCAGGCUCCCGUGGUCCGCGACGGAAUACACUGACAAAAGGAUGGAACUAUUUGUCAAAAUCCUUGAAGAUGAUCCUGCUGGCACCCUUUACUCGCAAGAUGAAGACGUGACCACGGACGACGGAGAGAGGUUCGGUACCGUAUCCGCUACUUACGCGGCGCGCGGCCUGCUGCGCCGGUACCGCUUCGUUGUGCGACUCAACGACGACUACGAAUCGCGGAUCAGGAUGCGCGCCGAUACGAUGUUCUUCUUGGAUGACUUCCGCCUGACCUUGACGCCCGGAGUAGCUCCGGUUCUUCGGAGCGACGCCGCGUGGGCUUCCUACAUGUCCCCCCCGUGGGCGGACCGGCCCCCGCGAGAUGCCGAGUGCGUCCCUGCGGGCAACUUUAGUAGGGUCGUCGUGUCAGGGCUUGAGGGCGUUUCCGCCCUUUCCUUCACCGCGAGUCAUGGACUGACUGUGGGCAGCCUGAAUACGUUGGCAAUGUACUGGUUCGCGGAAGUGGAUGAAGAUGAGGCGCAGACCUUACCGCGCUUCGCAGACCCCGAUUCAAGUCGUAGUCUUGUCUCCGUUGUGACACAACUUGCGAAUGCAACCGUGCGUCCAGAUUCGCGGUACGCUGACAGGGUCAAUAUCCAGUGCAAAUAUGAUGUCUGAGUCUGGAAGAGUGCUGCCGCGCCCAGGUUUAUUGUCAUGCAUCGUUGCUAUCACGCAGAGAAAAUUGAAGUUCGCUGUCAGCGUAGCAAGAAGUUGGCAACUUUUGGUUCUGCUCAUGCAGCACAAACUAGCAACGUAUGCUUCGCCUGUAGAAGUGUGACCAAAAAUUAAGUUACUCCGCUAGAGCGAAAAACAAAAAAUAGAACCAGAACAGGAAUUCAAAAACUCCCGCGCUGUUUCAGUCGAUCUCGUUCUUUCUGCCAGGUCGGAUUUGGGGUUGGAGCGCCCGCCAUCAGCUCGCGGUAUAGCGAACUGAUGGCGGGGACCUGGUCGGACCUCGGGGUGGAGUGCCCGCCAUCAGUUCGCUAUACCGCGAGCUGAUGGCGGGCAGCUGGUCGAGCCUCGGGCUGAGGUGCCCGGGGACCUGGUCGGACCUCGGGGGGGGGGCGCCUGCCAUCAGUUCGCUAUAUAGCGAACUGAUGGCGGGCAGCUGGUCGAGCUCGAGCCUCGGGCUGGGGCGCCCGCUGUUUCAGAUUUUGAAAGCCUGACCCUGAGGUGUCGUAUUUUCUGUCAGCGCCGAAAACGCUUUGGCUUUCUUUAUCCAGCUUUCACCGCCUUGCCUGCUAUUGCUGUUGCUUGUGCAAUUCAAAAGUUUUUUAAAUUCUGCCGUUGGCCUUCUGCUGCACGCUUUGCCUUUCUCUUGCUUGCAGUUUUCAUUUUUCAGCUUUGCCUUUUACUUUUAGCUUUUACUUUUUUAGCUUUUACUUUUAGCUUUUAGCUUUUUGGCUUUUUGGCUUUCACUUUCGAAUUGCGGAAUAAUAGUUUGGCCAUCACGACUUUACUCUUAGCAAGGGAUAGAUUUUGGCGCGAACGCGAUCUCAUCUAGCUUUUUUAUGCAUGGCAAGUCUGCACCUUUCCAGACCCGGACUACAUAUUUGCAAUGCAUAGUCAACACGGCCUUGCAACGCGGUCCCGUCGCCACUGUGGUUCCGGUGCCCGAGGUAUCAAAUGCAAGAACAAGCACAUCUGGGUCUGGAAGUAGAAUGCAACUUGUAUGCAAUGUUGAUCAUCAUGCGGUCUCUGGAUUCUAAAAAAGUCUGCUUUCCAUACUAGCAGCAAGAGGAGAUGUUGAGUUCGUGUACUUUCUCCUACGCGGACGUCGAGACGGCCUUUCUCCUACGAAAGAAGCUGCUACAUCGUGAGACCCUCACGAAAUUUGUGACGCUGAGGCUGAUGCAGCUAGGGCUGCAUAAGAAAUAAAAAUGACGGCCAUCGUGGGUCGUCAUGUCGAGUGCGCAUGAGAAAGCUUGCAUGUUUCCAGACCCAGGGAUAUUAUUUCCAGUGGAUACGAGGAUUUGCGGCAGAACGUGAACGGCGAAGACGAAGGAGUCACGGCAGCUGGGUUUCUUGUCGCCCCGGAUGAGGGGCCCGCCUUGCUGUUGCCCGACCCGAUCAAUGGUACGAGUUUGAGUGCAGCCUUCUUGCAUGAGAGGUGGGGCGUGGCGCGGUUUCUUCCCCACGGAACUUCCUUCCCCCGGGCAAUCGUCCGCGUCCCGGGCACGUGGUCGGAGUUUCUGGUUGCGACGGAUCCUAACACCGUGCGACACGUGUCGCUCUUCAGUCAAUCACGCACGGCGAUGUGCGAAUUGGCCGGCUGCCACAGGCGAGAGUAUUACGAAGUGCGCGCCGGCGGCGGUGGUGCUCUUGCGACAUAUUACGGAGCUGCUAUUGAGGCGGCAGCAGCGCUCGAACCCGAAGACAUCUGCCGGCUCGCGGGCGUUCCGGGCCCCGUGGUGGGCAACCAUGACGCAGGUACUGACUUGCGCACGCAGGGGGCAGAAGAUGUCGCCAGCCGAGCUUCACAAGUCCGAGUGUGGGUGCGGAGCAGGCGAAGCUCCGCUUUGGAUACCGGUUGUGAUUCCGAUUUGGUGACGUCGAGUAGAAAUCAAUGGGCCUUGGCAGGUGUGGGCAACGUGGGAGGUCCCAGCCGCUGUUUUCGCCGACGGCCUGCGGCAAGCCGCCUUGCUCAAGAGAUGGCCACCUCACACGCCGCUGCGGAUGAAGACGUGCUACUGCCAGUCGAAUUAGAGCGAGCGUCUGACCAGGACGACGACGAGGCUCUACACGCCAUCAUUGUCGAAUUCCCAUCAGAUCGGCGAGACGACCCUAUUUUUCCAACCUCUGCCGGGGAUCAGUACGAUGCUGCUGUGCCAUCCAGCUCCACCGUGUUUGUGUUUGCGCCACUACGCGUACAGCAACUAUGUCUGAGUCAUCUGGAGAAGUGUAGAAAUUGAAAUAGUAUGUAGUGAGGUCACGAACGUUCUAUCCUAGCUGUUUUUUUGCCAUGCAGUGCGCCAGACGGCUGGCAGUUUUCAAGCGGCCGGAAGUGUUUUUUGACAUAGAAAAACUUUACUUAUCAAGCGGCCGGGGCUUUAUUGUCAAACAAGCCAGAGCCAAUUCUAUGGGCUCACGCUUGACAAAACGACGCUGGGGAGCCGGCAAAAGGGGCACCCUUCUGAGGCGCCCACCGCCUUGGCUUCUGGCUGUUUGGGGCGCCCAAAAAGGGGCGGCGGGAAAAAGAAAGCGAGCCCGCAUGCUAUGGGCCUUAUUUUGGCCUCCAUUUUGAAGCCGCCACGCCGGCCACAAAAGUCGAGUCCGGCAUUUGCAAGGCAGAAAGCAAGCCAAAAAGAAAAAGCGCGACUCUUUCAUUAAAAAAUCAAAAAAUGCAAAGGCCGCCAGAAGCAAAAAGCCAGCGCGCAUGCUCUGGGCCCGAUUUGGGGCUCCCAAGGGCAAGGGGCCAACCCUGGCGGGGGCCAGGGCGGGGCCAUAUCAUGCGGGGAAGGCUUCCCGAUUCGAAACCAAAGGGAGGCCAGCUGUUGCCGAGUUCUUUAUCGACCGCCGCGCCGUCGUACAUAACAUCACUCACGGGGGCAUGGUGGACAGAGAAGUCGCGUCUUUUUUUGGCACGAAGACAAAAAAACCACGAUGACCUCACUACCCCCGCUGAGGCGGCUACUAUUGGUAUACUCCCUUUGCGCCGCCCGCUUUGUUUUGGGUUUGUCCCACUUGGAGUCCGUGCUUUUCAACACUUUCUGUAAGUAUGAAGGAUCGUAGGCAUAAUUACAAUCGCAAAGCUCCUCCGGCGCAGGGAAUGCGAAUGCAACAGCUGCAUCGCAGGCUCGCGCAGUAGUAUUCCAGACUGCCAGGACAGGACCCAGACAUGUUUGCAAAGGAUAGCCACAGGACGCGAAUCAGACUGCCAAACGUCUGGUACCUUUCCAGUUCGCUUCCGGGCAAGGUUGGCACGGAUGGCUGGGCAGCAGCGGAUAUGGAUAUGCUGGCGUGGUCGACUGCUCGAGCGCGGAGCUGUGCGAGGACCUUCUGGCUUCAGCCGGCUACUCGCCGGAACAGUUGGACGAAGUAAUUCCGCGAAAACUCGGCAAUGACCUCGCCCGAAACACGAGCGAGGGCCUGGUCGCUGUGACGGACUUGAUCCGCUGCAGGUUGACAGACACUUCCAGACCUGAGGCUGAUGUUGGUUUAUGCAAGGAAAAAAGUGUUGCAGUUUUUACGCACCGUGGCGUAAUGUUGCAGGCCGAGCAAGACAGAGGACAUAGAAGCUCUGUCAUGCCGGAGAUGCUCAGGACGAGAAGCUCGAGCUCCUGCCUACUUCUACUAGUGUUCUAUAAAAUAUGCAGCUGAUGUAGUUUUUAUUUCUCAUGAUCUGUGCAUUGUAAGUCAAAGUCUUCUCUGGCAUGCAGAGACUGAGACAGCCUGUCGCUGCAUGUGUUGCUGAAGCACAAAUCGGGAAACAAAUGUGAUGUGAGUGUAACGCUUUUUUCUCGGGAUAGAAGUUCUCCUACGACCACUGGGGCCUAACUCAUCCGUCCAUGCCCCGUGGCCUAGCCAUCACGGACGGGGUAGUCUUCGUGUCGGAGUAUGGAGCCCACCGCAUUUCCGCCUGGCCUCUCCAGAGCAGCUUUUUCACAGGCCGAAAGGAAACGUGGGGCUCUCACCGUGGUCGCGUCGUGUUCGGGCAGAGCUUUGUGGGGAGCGCGUGGCAACCUAGUACGCGCGAGGAGAAAAUGACACAGUAUCAAUACCUUUGGAGUAAUGGUGGGGGCCAGGACCAGGAGUUGAUGCAAAAUCAAGAACAAUUCGGCUCGGAUUCUUCCCUGAACUCUGCCCCGUUUGCGUAUGUGUUGAAGAAAAACAAAACGGAGGCACGCGGCACGCGCUUCCUUCAAUACCCAACUGAUAUCGUGAUCCACAACGGGUACCUGUGGAUCACGGACUCGGGCAACCAUCGCAUCGUCCGCGUUCCACUGGACCGGCUGCUCGAACGGAGCGGCGCUUCGGUAUCCACCUCGGGGUCAACAGCGGCCGACGUGCCGCAUUCUCAAGCUGCGUUGCCGCUGCUCGGCGUCGUCGUCUUCGGGAGCGACUUUGGCGAGGGCGCCAAUGGGUUCCACACGCUUCGACAACCCCGGCGACUGGCGUUUCAGCCGGGCACGGACAUUCUGUACGUGGCCGACGCCGGCAACCAGCGCGUUUUGGAGCUGAGCCUUCCCGUCUGCGCGGCGGCACCUUGCGCGGAGUUCGAUCCUGCCACGGGGCGCCGCAACCUGGGAAAUGCGUGCACGCCCACCCAGGCUCGGGAGCAAGGGGGGGCGGGAUACUUCUGUACGUGUGACCAUCCCGACUACGAGCACGUGCUCCGGCCCUUGUCUUUGCGAGGGUACCGCCCCGACGCAGAUAUCGCAAAGUAUCAACCAGAGUUCUCCCGGUCCACGUGCCGACGAAGGUCGCCCUGCGACUACGCUUAUCGAGCCUGUGGCGGCCAGCUGACGCGGGAAGAGCACGAUGCCGUGUGCGAGGUCUGGAACCGCGAGGCGGAGCUGCUAGUGGACCGUGCAGCGGACAAAGCCGGCGCCUACCGCGGCUCCAGCUCCAAGACAGUGCUGACCCCCGCGGCGCCUGGCUUCGGGGCGCUUGCUCACCGAUGUCGUUGUGAGCGUGCGUAUAGUGCUGGUGGCUCUGCUUCUUCUAGUACAACUCGCGACGAGAUGAACCCAGCUAGUAGUAGUACUUUAUCUCCUCCCAGUGGUGCCCGCCCAGCGCGGCUGCGCACUGUUCGAGAUCCAGAGACCGGGGCGGAAAGCUGUGCGCGGGUCCUCACGACGGCUGAUGAUCUAGCAGGCCUCACUCAACCAGUGCUGGGCCAAGUUGACAGCGUUAGUCCUACCGUAGAGUACAGCUACGAUUACUUCCCGGAUUCCUGGAACUGCAAUAUCACAGCGAAGAAAAAGUAGAUCUACCUCAAGUUGUACUUAGUCCAAGACAUACAACAAGUACAACUAGAUGGGAAUUUGCAUAGUGUCGUGGGGGUCACUUGAAGAUAUGUACCCAGCGCCAGCAAAGGGAAAUGCAUGAAUAAUGAAAAAUGGCCAGCACAGGCAGAUUUUCAUCGUCCUCCAUGGGCCGCCUGUGAGAGUGAGAAAGACUAUAUGUAUAUUGUUGGUGAUUCAUUUUUUUCCGUGUGAUAUGCAACCAGGUGCAGCGACUUGAGUCUGACGACACGACUGCAGCCGCGAUGCCACCAGUGCUGGCCGAAUACGGUCGGCGGAUGUAUCUGAACCACAAGUGUUCCCGGGUCAGCAUUGGUGGCGAGCAAUUCGCAGCACAGUCCGUCUCGGAGCGGUGCAGCUCCGGUGCCGACGAGGAGCUGCCCGUGCGCUUCUUUGUACCCAGCGCGACGUGCGCGGACAGCGAAGAUUCGUUGUUGUUCUCUCAUCUUGCGGACGAACCAUUGGGCACCUAUUGCGUGUCUCUGGGACCCGGUCGAGGAUCGCUGCAGUUUUCCUCGUCCUCUUGCACGGACCUUGUCCCCGUUCUUGCUGACGGCGACGCCUUUUCCUUCCUUUCCCACCCCGUGCUUCCCGCCGCAUCUAUGCCCUACGAGGUUGCAUCGUCCAAUCGGCUCGAGUGGCCCACCUUGCUCGGGAGGCAGUCCAUUGCGGUAUCGCCGUCUGGCGCCUUUUUGUACCUCGUGGAGGGCCGGGAAAGCAAUCUUGACGCGCUUCGAGAUGAGCGGUACGCCCCCGCUUUGCAGCACCUGCACCCUUCACGGCUACUGCGUCACCGACUCGGUUACGACAAUCUGGUUGGUUCCCGUGCGAUGUAUGCUGCCCCCGCGACGCGCCUCCGGAGGCGCGCCGGUCCGGCAGCGAUGGUGCUGCCGUCGCUCCUCGAGAGAGUCAGCAGUGUGGCAUUCAGCACGUACAAUGAGCGUGAGGUCCUUGUUGUCACCACUCACCACAUAGAAUUCCUUGAAAUUGCGGAUGGAGUGGCCGAGACGAAAAUCACUCAGACCACAGUGGACUGGCAAGUUUCUUGGUUCUACGUGGACGAUACCGAGUUCACAGAGGAGGACGUUGUGUCGGAGGCGUUUCCCCUCGCGGAGGACCGAGGCACAGUCCCCAUAUCGUUUCCGGACGACUACUCGUUCAGGAAAUCUCAACGCGCGCUCUUGGUGCUAGCAGAUGCAGAGCGCCAGAAAGACGGCGAGCCACGCCCCCGCAUCUUGCAGAGCUCGAGCACGCCCUCUUUCUGCAGUUCCGGACCUGAGUCAGUUGUCGUCGUUGGGCGGUGGCUGUACGCAUGGUGCAGUGAUGCGUCGCGGCUGUUCCGCGUUCCUUUUCCCGGCGGUGGAGUGGCGCAAUGGGUCACAGCAGUAACCGAGCACGGCGACCUCGUCGUGCCGUCGCCAAGGUACUGCGCAUCCUCCACUGCUGCUGAGCGAGGCGACAGGGGAGCUCUCAUCGUCGUGGGGUUAGCGAUGGGCGUCGCUGUGAACGAGUCUUCAUCUUCAUCCGUAUCAACUGCAAAUAUGUCUGGGUCUGGAAGAGUGUAAGAUUUGCCAUGCAUAUUUCUCACGACCCAUAAUGCCUGUAAUGCAUGACCUAGCAUCGCAGACUAGACUUUUUCUUUUAGUUUUAGAGGGCUUCCUGAUGCACCUUCCGCAUGAGAAAUGCCCUGCCCGUGUAGCACAAACCGGAUCCCUCUUGCUGGUCAUGCAACUGCAAUGCAAAUUUUUUUAGAGUCCAAAAACAGCAUGACGAGUUGCAAUCUUCCAGACCCAGACACUUUUGCAAUCCAUAAUCCGUGCAUCAAUACUACAACGCAACCGCGAAUCAGUCCAUGGUGGGUUGGAACAACACGAAUACUAGCUCUGCAAAUACGACAGGCAGCAAUAGCUCGUCCUUCUCUCAAGAACAACUUCAUCCGGCGGUCGACCACCGUUUGUACGCUUUGGUUGACUACGAUCGGGACGGCAACCAGUUCAUGUCGUCCUCCAGCGAAAUCGUUAUGACCGCUGUUCCACUGGGGCGGGACAGCAACAGUGUCAAUGGUAGUACCAGUUCCAACGUAACAGGUGGUGCUACCAGCAUUGAAUCGGUCUCCUGCAGGAAUGGCGUAGCGUUCACGUUGGAGCGCGUCGAGAACGGCGCAACCGAGGCCCCGAACGUGCUCUCCACUUUCCUCGCACGCUACACACCCGGCGAUUACUAUGAUCUCCAUCUUCGUGGCAACAUCACUACUUCUCGUCCUCACGUCAACCAAACGACCGACACGCCACAGGAUCCUCGCGGAUCCCACCGCACGAUUUUACUCGAAAGUGGGCACAAUGCGGCCGCGCUUCGGGGGGUCACCGGGGCGUUGUUUGAUGCGCGAGGCGCUCUGCUGCUCCUGGUGAACGGUGGCCUUGCCCAGGUCGGCGCAAACGCCGGCCCCAUUUCCCGUGUCGCAGAGGGCUUUUUGUCCGAUGCGUGUGCCGACCUUCCUUGUGCUGAGUACCACCCGGAUGUGUUUGGACUGCCCUUUCCCGACAAUCACUGCGUCCCGUUGCUGCAACACGCAAACACAUCGGCUGGCGCCGCGGCAGGCGGAUGGGGCUGGGCGAACCACGUGAACUACUCGAACAUCACGAAUGCGAGCUUGUUCCAGCACAUCAAGAACCAGGAGCCACGGGCGGGCAGAUACUUUUUUGAACGGGUGAAAGCGGAGAAGACUUCUCACCUGUCGUGGGAGCAUGCAGAUCCCGCAGACGCUGCCGGAGCUCAGCUCGAUCGCGAGCACGACGGUGCCGCCUACCAAUGUUCGUGCGGACCCGGCUGGACGAGAGGGCUCAACAGAAACUUUCGAGAGACCUGCAUCCACGAAGCGUGCGUGGAGAAUCCAUGCGGACCCGGAGGUGUAUGCCUCCCGCCACUUGUUGCGUCCCUACCACCAGAUGAAGAACGAGGUGGACCACUGCUCAAUUCAUCUGAGUGGACGUCGUCGUCGUCCACCGGGGAGGCCAGCAACCGCACGAGAAGACGCAGCUCAGCAUUGUUGUAUCGAUGUCUGUGUAACGCCGACACCCACGUCGCCUAUCGGGACCCUGUCUUCGGCGGUCUUUCCUGCGAGCCUCUCAUCCGAGUGGAGCAGGUAAUCGGCAAUGAAACUGCGUCUAGUGGAGCCCCCGCGGGACUCUCCCUUGCAUCAACUUUCUCCAGCGCGCGGCAACCCGAGAUGCUGCUUCUUUCCAGGGGCAGCUUCGACAGGGGAAGCCUCGACCAAGCCGCUCCGAAGUACGACACUCGGGCUAAGCUGGAGUGGAUGACGGGACUGCGGUUGAUCCACGAAGCGCGGGACCGAGUAGUCUCCGUAGAUGAGGCGAGGGAAACACAUUCGGGAAAACUAUCGUCCACUGCGCUGGCGUCGCGGCCAUCAGACGUUUUGCAGUUCGAAGACCGAGUCUCCUUGCAUUGCGGCGAAAUGAGUGGCAUCAAAGCGAAGGGCGCGGACUUGAGCGUCGAUGGAAUUGCGGUGAUUGAAAAUGUCCCGAGCUUCGACGCGUGCGCAAUUUUGUGUCAUAGCUACCGCAACCUAGGAUGCGUUGCCUUUCGAUACAAUGCGGCGGAGAAAAAGUGCAACCCGAAAAGAGCGCAUCGGGAGGACACCGGGUGGAAACAAAAAACCGGCGACGACAAGCAUAACUGGACGUUUGGCGAGAUUCUUCGCUGCCCUGCAGCGUGGACGGCCGUGGCCGACCACACCCGCGUAUUGGCGUUUCGUCCGACUGUCCCCCACCGGGUGCAGAGAGACAGAAUUAUCAGUCUUCGGAGCCCGCGCGGUUACUGCCGGGACCAGGACGGGCUGCCCCUCUACGGCGCGAUCCCGCCCCGGACGCGCUCACGUGCUGGAAUACCAGCAGCAGGAGCUGAUGCCGCCCUGGCCGACGAAGCUGCGGCGCGCGUCCACCUGGCUUCGUUGCCGUGGCGCGGAGCGUCUUCAACAAACCCUGCAACUGGAAGUGGUAGAAGGAACACUACUACUACGACCACGUCGAUCUUCACACGAAGCAACACUUUUGCUCGUGACCGCCCCCUAGCGGGCACCGGCGGGUUCGCAGCGGCGCAUCGGGAAUGUAUGCGCGAGGUGUACUGUCUAGGCUUCCGCAUGAAUCCAGCCACCGGCGAGUACUGGCUCCACAUGGAGUACCUGUACAGUGUGAUUGCAGGGGCCGCGACCGACCCGCUCCGCACCACAGCAAACCCGCUUCGAAGUUUACAGGACCCCGAACCCUCGGACGACGCUGUCGCAGAAGGCGAGCGGGAUUUCGAGUGUCACCGCAAAGUGAAUCGAAGAGACGUGUGCGCGCGUGCGUUUAACGACCCUUGCGGUACGUGGAUGCUCGAGCGAAAAACCGACGAACCCUGUUGCAUACCGGAGGGCGCCGUCUGCCAGAAGAACGACUUGGGGGAGCACAGAUGUUCCCUGUUGCCAAUGGCAACACCCCUGGGUACAGCAAGCACUGGCAUCGACGACUCUUCCAGCAAAAACGGAAAAGUGCCUCAGUUCGGGGUUCGCCAAGAGUAUCAGGAGAAUUUAGACGCUUCGAAAGGUGUCGUGGAGUAUUUGGCGAUCGGGGUGGGGGGCUUCGUGCGAGGCAUCGAGGAUCUAGAUGGAGACGGAUCGGACCUAAUGGGGCGGGAUUGUGAGCACAGAGGCUACCGAGCCUGUGAAGAGCGCUGCGACAGCGACGAGAGCUGCUAUUUCAUCGAAAAAGCACGGUUCGGGCUCUUCGAUUCGGUGUGCUGCCUUUUUCGACGACACGAGGACCAAGCUGACCGCAAAGUCGCUCACGACUGGCGCACGGAUGUUUAUAUCCGUAACCCGGUGGCCGUGGCUGCGAAUACACAGCGUCGUGCUUUCGCGAAACCCAUCAUGUGGAUGCCCGGAACGAGUGCCCGGACGUCUCGAGGAGUACGAAUGCAGCGAUGUAGCUCCUUCCUGGCUAUUCAUUGCAAAUAUGUCUGUGUCUGGAAGAGUGCGAGGUUUGUGAUGCAUAUUCUUAUUUUCGAAGACCCGUGAUGUCUGUGAUGCAUGCCCCAGUAGCAUCACAGAUUCUGUGAGGACUUCGGCAUCGGCUUUCUGAUGCUCAAACCGCGUGAGAACUGCCUUUCGCGUAGCGAAAAAAAGACCGCUUUUGCUGUUCAUUCAAUACAGAUUUUGUGCAGAGAUAGAGUCCAAAGAUGGCAUCACAAGUUGUGUCACUGCAGACCCAGACACAUUUGUACUGGAUACUGGCUCAGGAUGGAGCUACCGGCAGGCAGUGCCAGCAAACUCUGCUUGGGACGACGCCCGGCGACAACGAUGAAACGCGGUACGCGUGGAAAGCCGACGCGUACUGUGACAUUGCUCCCUUUUCCUUAACCGAUUGCACGGCCCCUCAUCGCUCGUUGCAGUUUGACUCGGGCAAGAACGGGUGCUGCGUCUACGUGGCACCUUCCAACUUUGCCGCCGGGAAGGCCAACUUUGAGUUUGAGGAACGCGUAAACGCAGCUUGCCGUUUUAGAGACGCCGCGAAUGGACGACAUAACAAGACUGACUUCGAAGCGCUUGAUGUCGAGGCAUGCAAAAACAAAUGCCUGCAGAAUCCGACAUGUGUUGCGUACGAGAUCCAACUGUCAGGUAGUACAAAGUGUGAGAUCCACUCGCAGUUUUCACACACGGAACCACGCUCCAGCAGCCGGUGCGGCGCAAAAGUUCACCACACAGGCAUCCGGUGGAUAGAUCAUCCUGAACUUCACUAUUGUAGACCUAGCGAUGACGACAACCUCAAAGAAGAUGUUGGAGUCGAUGCGGAAACCUUGGAAACCUGCAGAGACAAGUGUGCGAGCGACGUUGCGUGUGUCGCAUUCCUCUGGGCUCCAGACAGAGAGGAUGAGGGGAGCAGGUGCGUCAAGCACUGGAGCCUCUCACAUGUGGAAUACAAUCCAAACGGAAACCCGCCCACGUCGCGCUGCAUUGAAAAAGUAUACGAGUACAAUUUUCACACAGCCGCGGCGAGUGUCCUGCUCUCGGGAGCCCGGUCGCCAGUGAACUUCCAACCCGACCGGCUUCAAUUGUACGAUUUUCCUGGUGGUGCGAACGAAAUCAGCUGGAGUGCUACACAUGCGGAUACCCUGCUCCGGAUUCGGCAGUCCCGCACCAGUUUGUUCGUACUUCAUGGCAGUGGGGGUUUCAGUGUGUAUGAUCUAAAGGCCCUCGUGUCGGAACGGUUGCGGGCACCUACGGGAGGCGCCCACCAGCUGCCGAGCAACGAGGUGGGGCACUGGUCUGUCAGGCUUUUCGAGGAGCUGUACGAAGAUGGAACGCACCCCGCGUUUGCAUUUUCUUCCGCCGCCAGCACAGCCACAGGCGCCCUCUACCCGCAGCCCGAGCGGCCCCAGGACUUUUUUGUGACCGACGACGGCCAAACUUUAUUUGUGCUGUUUUCCACUGCCCUACAAGCUUACGCCCUUGAGGAUCUUCUCCUCGCAGCGGAGUGGCGGCCUCCGCGGAGCGCCGGGGUGCCCGUUGUGACGCCUCAGGGUGGACGACGCCGGCUACUGCGGCGGUCCCUAGGGUCGGCCAGUAGCGGUGGGGCAAGCGAUCGGUCGUGUACCGGACCCGCAGAGCACAAGGUGCCGUACGUGAAUAUUAUCCAGGAGUCCUCCGGCAGUAACUUCCGGCGUCUCACGGCUGUAAAUGGGCUGUUGUACGUGGUAGACUCGGAAGCUGGCGGGCGAGUCUUACGGACUUUCCUCGACUCGAGUCUGCAUUUAUUUAACCAGGUCAACCGUGAAGUCGGGCACCACUGCGUGCAGUUAGUGACCACGACCACGACUCCGGUGCCGGGCUCUCUCGCGGACCUCGGAAGCUGGAUCAUCAGUCCGGCCAAAUGGGGCGACCGUUUUUGUCAAGCGGCCUCGGGGCACCCCCUUCCGGUUUUAGGGGUGCACGUUACCAGAGUUGUCCCGGCGAACGAAACCGUCGAGCAUGCCGCUUCUUUGCAUGGCGUUGGCGGUUUCGCGGUCGCCCACCGGCUGUGCUAUGAACUGCAAAAGCAUCGCACUAGUAUAAACUAGGCGUGGCACUGUGAUCCAAGAAGAGACGAAGCGGGGAGGGGGUGCGGGGAGGGAAAGUUCGAUGAGGGGGGGCGAAAAGAAAGAGCGGGUACUUGUGGUAACCGAGGAAAGUUUGAAGUGUGUACGCGCGAGGCGGAACGCGCGGAAAAGUUGAAAGCAUAGAUGAAAGGCGCGAUAGAGAAACAGCAAAAGCUGCCGCCUCGGUACGUGUACGCCUGAAAGCUGAGCAUGUGAAAAGGCAAGAAGCCGGUGAGCGUGCAGAGCAAAGUCGCAGCGCUAACUGCAAAAACAGCAGAAUCGUAGAGGGCGCUCGUUCGGUGAGCAAGUCGUGGAACAGAAAGAAAGACGUCGGAAAAGAAACGCAGGUCGUGCAAAAAAGAGAGCCGCCUUUCCCUUUCGUCGGUGUAGGAAAGAACGGCUCAAAGUCGGUUUGUGCAAAGGGACUGCAAAAAGUGCGCGCCUCCGGCGCGGCUAGUCAGCCGGUGGGAAGAAGAAAAACUGGAAGCGCGACGCAGAAAUGGGCAGAACAGGUUCUCGUGGAAGGUACGGGGAUGCAUCGAGGGCGAGCGCCUGUGCGAUGGCGUUGCGGCGCCGACACUCACCAUGGUUGCGUCUAUUUCCUGCUCCUUUUCCAAUGGAUUGCCGCGGUGGUGCCACCUUUGGCCGUUUUGCAUUACAGCGCAGCGUGCCUUUUUCCGCUGCCGCCCGGGUUUCGCCGCGGCGUCUCUGACCGCACCGGGCUGAACCGCGGAGCCUUUGACCGCCCCGGGACGCGCCGCGCCGGGAUGGACCGCGGCGCCUUGAGCCGCCCCGGGAUUGGCCGCGGCGCCUUUGACCGCGCCGGGAUGGACCGCGGCGCCUUGAGCCGCCCCGGGAUUGGCCGCGGCGCCUUUGACCGCGCCGGGAUGGACCGCGGCGCCUUGAGCCGCCCCGGGAUUGGCCGCGGCGCCUUUGACCGCGCCGGGAUGGACCGCGGCGCCUUGAGCCGCCCCGGGAUUGGCCGCGGCGCCUUUGACCGCGCCGGGAUGGACCGCGGCGCCUUGAGCCGCCCCGGGAUGGGCCGCAGCGCCUUUGACCGCGCCGGGAUGGGCCGCGGCGCCUUGAACCGCCCCGGGAUUGGCCGCGGCGCCUUUGACCGCCCCGCGAUUCAGCCCUUUUCUUGGCGGUCGAUCGCGGUCAAACGCGCCGCCGAAAUCGCGGUCGCGCCCCCCCCAAAUCGCGGCCAAACGCGCCGCGCCCCCGCCUCGACCGGCCUUGGCCAAGAUUGCAAAACCGCGACCGCGGCGGGAUUAGCGCGACCGCGAAGCGCCCCUCUGGGGACCGCCCCCGCGUUUUACCGCGACCGCGUUUUGGGGGGGCGUCCGGCGUUUUUUUGGGGGCGCGACCGCGUUUCUGCCGGGGUACGACCGCGAUUUUGCCGGGGCGCGACCGCGUCCGUUUGGGCGCCCCGCGUUUGACCGCCCCCCCCGCGUUUACCCGACCCGCGUUUGACCGCGACCGCCCCCGCUUCGUCUUUGUCUUAUAUAAUAUUAAUUGCAUUACAAAGUAGCCCAACAUUACAAAUUAAAUUUGUAAUGCUGAUUUGCCUUGAGAAAGAAAUUUGUAAUGCAUAAAUGCAAUUGCCACGAGUGCGAUACUUUUGCAGUGGAUAUGUGCGCGUCCGAUGCAAAGUGUCUCGGGUUUGUGGUGGUAUGGAAGCGUCAGAACUGAAAUCGUCAAAGUUGAAAUAGUUUGUGAUGUUGCGUAAAAUGUUAGACGCAAAGUGCCUGUCUUGCAGAGCAGGCAACUGAGGCCGAUUAUAAUCCUGCUUGGGGUGUGAGGUAGAGGUGCUCAAAUAGCAUGACAAAAGCAGUCUUCUCUGCACAAACAGCAUGACAAAUUGGAUUUCCAUGCUGCCAAAAUUUGUCAUGCGCCACUUGCAAACUGGGCUCCAGCUGGUAUCGCUUUUUUGCAUUACAGAUUAUUUCAACUUUGACGAUUUCGAUCCUGACACCCCCAUAGGUGGAGACCGACGAGUGGUGGAGGUUUAAAGAUGAUAGCGACCCCAGGGCUACGGACCCGCGCGCUACCCGCUUUCGCUUGCACCGCGUUGGAGAAGUGAUCUACGGGAAGACCGGUUCCCCCGGGAUGCUCACGGAACUGAGUUUUGACAACGCAGCCGUCUCCCCCGAUACGGAGCGUUGGGCAUGUUGGCAGCGCAACGAAGACGACACUUUCGGGAAGACUGUGCAAAAAAAGUGCCAGGCGCGGGUGAACAGCGAGAAACUUGUCAGGUGGCAAGAAUACGACUUUUCGCAAUGGGUAGAGUACACGCUUGCAGCUGGCAGUACCGAAGACGGCUCGUCGUCCUCGGCGGAACUUGAGAAGCAAUGCCUCCACGCUGCGACCACAGAGACCGCUGGCAAGUACUGCAUGGGAUACGAGACCUUGGAUGAGCAUAUCGGGAGACUAGUGUACUACAAAGCGACAAACACUCGCCCCGCAGGAAUGAAACUGAGAGGCACUAUUCCUGUCGCAAGAAAUAAUUGUUUCUUGAAGCGGCCGCGAGACCAGGUUUGCGCCCAAACGGGGGAAAGGUGCGGGUCGACGGAACAUACGGACGGCAAUGGUGAGGCGCUGGUAAAUACUCGGGAAACCUGCUGCGCAUCGCCGAAUGCCGUUUGUCAAGCAGACCUGUUUGCGGUCCACCGCUGUGUCGAGCUUCCCGCCCCAGUGCUAGACGCGGCUGGAGACACCUCGGUUUCAGAUUUCAAUGACAUCACGAAAGACAAAAUUCAAUAUUAUGAAAGUGUCAGGAUUGAAAUCGUCAGAGGUUAUAUAAAUAUGAAAUACUGGUGUGUACUACAACUUGAGACGCGAAGUGCCUGUCUUGCAGGGUUGGCAAUUGCGGUCGUGGUCGAUGGUAAGCCUGCUUAGAGGGCAGAGAUAGCAAAGCAAGACCAAGAGCUUGUAAACUAGCAUAACAGAAGGAGUCUGCUUUUCCCAAACAGCAUAUCAGGCUGGAUUUCGGUGCUGCCAAAAUUUUGCAUGCGCCGGCUUGAAUUUGCGGGCAAAAGCAAAACUACUGGUCCGCGGUUUUAUACUGUAUUUGUCACCAUGCGAAAAGGUCCCGUAUCGGUUGCGUUUGUGGUUUCGGUCGGUUUAGCAUUGCAACUUAAUUCAACUUUGUCGAUUUCGCUCCUGACACUCCCAUAAACGCCUUGUCGGGCCUGGUGGAUGUCCGCGGCUCGAGCUCGGCAUGUCACACGCACGAACUUCGAUGAACCCCAUGGGAGCAAAAACGCAGCGUCAAUGCGAAAGAAUUUGCGACAACCAACCGGGCUGCGUCAUGAUCGAAACGAAUAGCUUGAACAACCAAGAUGCUGACAUGGAUUGGACAAGCGACUGCUGCUAUCGCUCAGAAACAAGUUGUCUCUGCUCCUCUCUGUGAAACAGAAACUGCAGUGUAUAGUAUGACUAUCUUAGAGGAUAGGAUCUAAUAUUACAUCAACCACCGGUGGUGGGGUUCUGAGGAGUCUUGCCCUUAUGGCAAGGUGGUGGGGAGGCGUGCUGGGCCUCUAGGAGGGUAGUGAGGCCCAGUACGCCUUACCCAGCCCCAUCGGCGCGGUACAUCGGGCCGCUCGGGUUGUGGAUACCAGAUGGAAGGAACGCACCGAACAAAAUUACGUAACUAAAAUAAAAGUAGACGGAGCUCUGUCUCUCAAUCCCACUUUACGUAUGAUCAUCAUCAUGUACUUACAAGUUUAUUAAGUCUACCUUUAGGUUUAGAUAGUGCUGAAAAGUAGGCAAAUGCACUUCGGUGACGGGAAAUAAUACAUAAUCAGUAUAAGUGCAGGAGUCGUAGUGACAAAUAUACAACUCCAAGCCUUUUUGUAAAGGUGGUCCGAGGGAGGUUUUUCUGUGCGAUAGCAAGUGGUUCAAAUCAAAUUACAAUUUGAAAGAGGCGUACGAUUAUCGAAUAGACGGAAGCAUAUAUUCGGGUGGCUGCUGCACGGGUAGCUGCGCCACCGGGGGCGAAGACGGCGGUCCAAAGAAGCGCUCCUUCAUCAGACCCCUGAUGUGGACGCCCGUCGAACUCGAGGCAGACGCUGACAAUGGCUUCCCGCUGAAACGCUGCUCCGAUGUGGCGAAUGGAUCUUCGGAGCUAUGCCAGACAACGCUGAUUGGCGGUCCGGCGGCGGAGAACGGCGGACUGCGGUACGUGUGGAAGUCCGAUGCUUACUGCGAUACGAACCGCGUCACAGAUACUGGAGAAAUCGUCCCUGUUACCGCUGCAGACUGCGCCGUGCCGCAUCGGUCCCUGGUCUGGUACCAGGGCAAAAAUGGAUGCUGCGUCCUGGUGCGUGAGGUGCAAUCGUCCACAAGGAGCCGCUAUCCACUGCAAAUAUGUCUGGGUCUGGAAAGGUGGGACCUCGACCUGUCAGGGCACUCCUGGGUUGUAGAUCAAAUAAAAUUGCAUGACGGACAUGAAUAAACCGCAGCUUCUGUAUGCCAUCUACAUUUUUCAACAACGCAAUUUGUAAAAAUGCGCGCGAGGCAUGCGCACCGUGCCAGGACGCUGUAGAUGAAGCGCGUCGUGCUUGGCUGCGACCAGCACAACUGUUCCAGUCAUUGUAUGUCAUUCGCGUUUCCCCAUCACAAGUUUCAUCCCAGACCCAGACAUAUUUACAUUUGAUAGCCGGCAACUGCUUGGCACUUCCGCGACCGAGUUCCCGAUCGGCAGCGGCACCGCGCACGAUCAUCAAGUCGAAGAGCAUAUAAUUCACAGCACGACGGCAACCCGCCCGGCGGGGGCAAGUAGGAGUAGGACAACCGCCCGCGGGUUCUCGGAUUCUGGAGCGGUUCGGCUUCGUAGCGCCGCUGCCGACAAGUCCACGACACCAGUUGUGCGGAGCAGUUCCAGUGCUUUCCGUACCCACCUCAACACUGCUCGUCGCGAAAGGGAAACUUUCGAGUGCGAAGAGCUACUCCUAUUUGGUCCACAUCAAAUCCCUUCUGCCUCGCACAAGGAUCACGAGCUGCAGAACGCGAAUCAAGAACUUCUACGCGAGUCAUCAGCUACUAGCUCGACCUCCCGUCGUGUUCGACAAACUACCGGGGACGACGAUGAGGGCGGGACGAUUUGGGUUGCGAAUAGAAGUAGAAGAACGAAAGUGAACAUGAUACCAGCGGGCCACGCACGACAGCGCCGGCUUCUCGCGGAUCGUCGAUGCCGGGAAAAUCACGGACCGGAAGCGUCCUUCGCAGCGAGGGCGACCUGUCGCCUGCUCCCGGCCGCCAUCCUGCGUAGCGACCUCCACUCCGUGGGAGCCCCAGACGAAGAGGAGCGGGCAGCGGGAGGCGGUUAUUUCGGCAGAGCAGCAGCAGCAAGCGGCCGCACGAGCAGCAGGGCCGCUGCAUGUCUGUACUCUAGCGAACCGGUCGGCGGUUGUUGCUCUGUUGGCGGCAGUGUUGGGGGUCGUGCCGGCUACGAACAACGGGAGCGGGUUCUUGGCCCCGAUGCCACGACCAGAGUCCCACACAGCGAAAUAGGAGGUCGCACAACUACCAGGAGUGCUGUCGCGGCAAAUCACGGUCCUCGUCGACAACCUCCCGCUCGCAGGACGCUCUCGCUGAAAACUUCGCGCCACGCCGGCAGUCGGGCAGGCCACGAUCCGCGCGCCGUUGCAGAGACCACGCGUCGACGUGAAAGGAAGAAUGAGAAGACGAAGGCUCGCGUGCGUGCACAAAGGGGCAGGAGAACCGCGCCGACCACUAGCAGAACGGAGUCCUCACAUGGACAAGGAGCUCAUUUCGCCCGGGCGGUCGCUGGCGACCGUCGGACAGGUCCCGGGCCGCAGAGGCUGGCCCUAAAACGCAGGCGAGAACUAACAGCACCGAGGAUCGAACACGUGGUCGGGAGGCACCGGUUCCUGACUCUGCUAGAGGAAGGCUGGGAGGUGUUUCACGAUUUCGCGGUGGACGCUGGCACUGUCACCAGUGUCGGCGGGGUUGAAGGAGCAAUGUUCUCAGGAGCUGGUGCCGACAUUGUGCCUCUGGAUCUGGCCGCAGGGCCUGAUGGAAUGAUGUACCUGGUGACGGGCUCGCGGGCGGACGGGAAUCUCACAACGGAGGUCGCCGCCGACCGCUCGACGGACAUUCCGGCCGGACGGGGUGUGAUCCGGUUCCAUCCGGCCCCGUGCUCCGACUACCCGUGCGGCGAAUUCGACGCGCGAUCUGGGCAGGACUACUCCCACAUAAACGCCUGCGUUCCGCGGCAAGACCGCCCCGGGGGUUACCGCUGCGCCUGUGGACCCGGCUUUCUGCACGUGCGGAUUCCGACCACGGGCCGCGAGACGUGUCGGUCGCCGUGCGAACAAGAAGAGCAAGACGUGCACUUCAACAGCGACACCGAUGCCGCCGCGGGGGUCCUCCCGGACGCGCGCCCGGUCCCCGGGCUACUCUGCGGCGUCCACGGCAAGCAGUGUCGAGUGGACCCGUACAAACUGUCCCCUGGUGGGGAAACCGUACGGGCGGUGGCCGAAUGCAGUUGUGCAUUCCUGGACGCGGCGGUGGGCUCGGUCCUGGUGGAGAAUUGGGGAGCCACGGCCAAUAUCCUGUGCAAAAGUAUCGUACUCGUAUAAAUGCAAGUCCUGCAUUACAAAUCUUCUUUCCAAUGCAAAUCUGCAUUUACAAACUUUAUUUCUCACGCUGAGGAAAUUUGUAAUGCAUUUAUACGAGUGCGAUACUUUUGCAAUGCAUAGCCAAUGGCACGUGCGUGACGCCGCCGGACACUUGUGGGAGUUUUGCGCAGUUGAUGCAGGCGCGGCACAACGCUUCCUUCAACUGGCACACCGCCUGCAGCCGCCACGUCGACGAGGAGCGGUCUUCUCCGGGGGAGUUUCGGCCGGCUCCUGCUGGUACGCCUUGCCGGAGGCCCGGUUUCUGCGCGAACCGCGAAUGCUGCGAACUGAAACCCCGCGCGCGCUGCGUGGACGCGAGCUCUUCUCUCGGAAACCAGUGCGAGACCGCCUAUGGCAGUGCAGUAGUGUCGCCCGAAAGUAAAUGCACGGGCGAGGCGGCGUCCAGCUGCACGCCGGAGGUCUGCUGUGCCGCGCGGGACGUUCCGACUUGCUCGACACUGCACCCGGCCUGCCAGGAAAUGUCUGCAGCGAUUCUGACGCAUUGGUCUCGGGAUGUUACGCAGGACGCGACGACUCGCUGCCGCUUAGUCCCUCCAGGUCAACCACCCUGCACCGUGGACGUGUGUUGUCCCCUCAUGGAGGGUAUCAAAUGUAAAAAUGUCUGGGUCUGGAAGAAUCCAACUUGUGAUGCUGCAUUUGGAUUCCAGAAAAAUUUGUAUUGCAUGAGUACCAAAGGGAAUGUAAUUCUUGCUACGCGGAGAUGGCAUUUGUCAUGCGGAAUAGCCAUCAAGAAGCUUUCAAAAAAUCUGUGCCGCUAGGGCAUGCAUCACAGACAUAAGGGCUCAUCCAAAACGUGCAUGACAAGUGUCAGAAUCUUCCAGACCCAGACACUUUUGCAUUUGAUAGAGGGCAUACCCCCAACCACAACCACUACUACGACUACUACACUGACGACCACCCCUAUCGCAAGAAAAAACUGACUCACUGUGUUGAACUUGUGGUAGCGACGCCAGCAUCGCACCAGAGAAUGCCAAACACACGUGUCUGUGUGUCGUGCUCGAAAUGCAAGAUGAUAUGGAAUUUUAUUUAGCCGUUUACUCCCGCCCCAGCCCUCUUGGAGUAAAGCACCGAGUUCUUUCAUCUGUCUUGUUAUGUGCAGCAAAUUUGUAAUGUUGACGCAAAAGGACAAGGUGAUCCUGCCAAGUCAUCACAGUGAGCGUGAGGCAGUUUUUUCGUGGCAUAGCCCCGCUCUGGUGCGUACAGUCCAGCGACUGCAAGUAUCUGGGAUGCAACCCAUCUGCGGGGACAAGCCCUUCCAACCCCAACAGUCCAGCAUGGUGUUCCGACGGAAAAUGCUACGCUGGGUACGUGGAUGUCGAGUCCGAUGGUGCCCCCCUUGCUUCACCCGUGAAACCCGGAGAGUUUCUCAAAGACAGUGGACACUGUGAGGCGCAGCCAGCGCCAGCAGAUGGAAAUUGGGACUCGGAAAACGUCAAUAAACUUUUCCCAGGUCCUAUGGAUGUGUCAGGAUCGAAAUCGUCAAAGUUGAAAUAAUUCGCAAUGCAUAAAAUGCAUGGCGCGAGGCACGUGUGUUACAGAGCAGGCAAGUGCGGCCGAUUGUAAGCCUGUUUGGGGUUAGAGCUCGAGCUGCUAAAGUACGUAGUAUGAGAAAAUCAGUCUUCUUUGCCUAAACAGCAUGACAAACUGGAUUUAGGAACCGCCAAAAUUUGUCAUGCGCCACUUGCAAACUGGGCUCCAACUGGCAUCCUUUUUAUGCAUGGCAGAUCAUUUCAACUUUGUCGAUUUGAAACCUGACGCUUCCAUAGGUCCCCCGGGAGGUGGAGGAGAUCCCUGGUCUGGGACACCGUCUUGGUGCUGUAUCCUGUGCAAAAGUAUCGUACUCGUAGCAAUUGCAGUCAUGCGUCACAAAUUCUUUUCUUAAGGUAAAUCCGCAUGAUCAUGCUGGGGAAAUGUGUAAUGCAUUUAUACGAGUGCGAUACUUUUGCAAUGCAUAUGCUGGAAGAGAAACCGAAACAUCGAGUGUCCCCAUUGGAAUGACCUACCCUCGUAUGGCAUUCUCAACUGUUAUAUUCUCAAGUGUUACAUGAGUUUGUGACGCAAGAAUGGAAAAAGUAGUGAACGAGGUGACCUUGCGCGUCUUGCGUGACAGAUUUGGAACAGAUUAUCAGCCUGCGUGGCCCUCUGAGAAUUUGUCAUGCGAAGCAGCUUGAAGGUGUCGACUCUGAAGGGAAUUUUGCAUGAUAAACCAUGUAACAUCCCGGCCGUUUUUGUCAUGAUCUGUGUCUGUUUUUUGGUUUUUGUCUUGCAUUUUCCUCCCUGGUCCGCCCAGGUGCUUGUAUUUCCCACCUGGGUCUCUCUGUCGUCACCAGGUUCGUUUUUGCUGGCCGUUUGCAUGCAAGUCCUUGUGUGUUGUUGUCACACGCACGCUCCCGUGUUGAGGACACUUUUGACUGCUAUUACAGGGGCUAUGACGUUUAGGGUGAUUUUUUCGUUGUAGGUGGGACUGUGUCUUAGUAGCACUUUUAUCGCUUUUUUACCUUUCUUUUUAAUGCCUCGGUGCUAGAAAAAUUUUUUGUACAGGGCUAUUCCUAUCCAGAUAUCCACACAGCUUUCGUCGCGGCCGUCCCAGAUGCUGUUGUGGUUGUCUUUCGAUAAAAAUCGCCUUGUCCUCCAAGUAAUUUUUUCUAGAGUUUACCGGGUAUGCGGCUACUUCCUUCGCAAAAGGUGAGUCUCCUGACCCUUCUGGUCGUCACCAUUCCGCCGGUGUCUGUGCUCUCGGGCGCGUCACCCACCUCAGGACCUCAGGCUACUGUUUGUCGGAUUAAUUUACGAGGGGACGCCCAGCCCUUAGCCUUCCAACAUGACAAACCAUGUAACAGCUGAGCAUGUAACUACAUUUGAGAACGCCAUACCUCGGUCAACCGUGUUGCGCAAGGGAGUGGGUACGAGUACACCGGCCCCGCGGUCUGCGGCAGCAACACCAAAGUAAGUUACCACGAACAGUGCCGCGGUGAGGGAGACUACCCCUGCUGCGCUCCGACUGCCUUAUCUCUGGAGAAAAAGUGCGCGGACGGUUUUGCCCCCGUCGACCUUGGGUCCGGUUGCGGAGGCCACAGCGAAGGCCUUUUUACCUGUUGCCAGGCAGAGCCUCCGAUCACUAUCGUCCAGCACACUUAUUCCUGCCACUCGCUCCCGCCCUUCGUCGAGACGAGUGGAGCAGGAACAGAUGUUGGCGGGACGCCACUCACAAACGCAGACUGCAUAGAUAAUGUUGGGAAUUCCAAGGUGAUAGCAUACAGAGAACCGACGCCCGUGCGGGAAUGCAAAUUUGAGAUCAAUGACAACGCAUCGCCAACAGACGACGAGAUCCGCGAGCGGUGUGCCAAACUCGAAGACGGGUGCUGUUCGCUGGGCGACCCAAGUAGUACGUUGCCGGGUGGAUUAAACGAGUUUCUCUACCAGGCAGAGCGAUCGCGAUGUAAGUUCUGGACUGGCGUCACAUUUGAUAUGUGUCAGCAGUCUCAUCCCGCUACCAGUGUGGCUCAUCGAGAUGAAUCCAAUGAAAUCUGCCAAUUUACAACAAAGGAGCAAUGUGCCGCACACAUAGACAGCGGAGGUUGUUGCGGCGAUCCGCCACCAUCGUCCAACUCGGGCACUCCGGGAAGCAUCAAGUGCGGGGAGCUUCCACAUCCGACGUCCUUCGAACAGCCGCUCGCAGAAGCACCCAAACGCUUUCCCGACGCCGCUUUUUGUCGAUAUCAAAUGGGGCACCGACUUGUGCAUGGGACCAGUGACCCUAACGCAGAGUGCAAGUACUGGCCCAGCACUUUGACGAGCGUGGAAGUCGCCAUCUAUUGCACCGAAGGCCUCGUGGAAGAUGAUAAAUGCUGCAGCUACCAAGAUCUACCCCUGCAUGUUUUUGAAUCCUGUGCGUCGUGGAAUUUUGAACCAAGUAGUUGCAAAAACACGAGAGGAGAUAAUUACUACUACUUUCCCGAGGAGACUUGUAGUGGAGGACAAAGUCGCUACACGUGUGCGCAGUCUCUCUGUUGCCAGGAAGUUGAGGAGUCCCCGAAAUCGUGUAGUGCUUUGGGGGUAACCACCGAGAUGUGCCGAGAGGAGAUGGGUAACGAAGCGGCGGUAUUUAAUCCAGAAAAUGUCGACGGAGAAGCGACUUGGUGCAAGCCCAGAAAAUACCACGUAGUCACACAGGUCCUCGCCUAUCCUGUGCAAAAGUAUCGUACUCGUAGUAAUUGCGUUUAUGCAUUACAAAUCUAGUUCCUAAGGCAAAUCCGCAUUACAAAUUCAAUUUGUAAUGCUGAGCCAAUUUCUAUUGCAAUUUAUACUAGUACGUUACUUUUGCAAUUUAUAUCGCCGACGGGACUACAGCAACCCACACCACGUCGGAGUUGACUAAUGAGGAACAGGCUUGGGACUGCGCUGCGAGAUUGCACGAGCGGCCGGGCGAGGACGACGGUCGAUCGCCUGGCUGUUGCAGCGUUCCGUCAGCAGACACCCAACAGGAGCUCUGGACCGUCUGCUCGAACUGGGAGCGCAUUGACGACGCGCGGUGUGUAGAUGUGCACGGGCCCGGGCACAAGAAGGCGGAUGCUCAAAGCGUGUGCACCCAUGAUUUCGAGACGGCGUGCUUGAUGCUCUCCGAGCCUGCGGUAGCCGGCGCGUCCUCCGGUUCUACAGCAGCUGCUCUGCUGCCAAGAGGCUGCUGCCGCGCCGCCCACGAACAGGAGGAUUGGCUGUGCCGCGGAGUGGACGACCGCUGUCCGGAAGGGCACCGCUUGGUCGAGGACCGUACCUGUAGCCUGGCGAACAAGGACGGUUGCGGCUCUACCACAGGGCCCGACGCCUGCUGCGUCUCCUCAUAUUAUUCCUGUGCCGACAUUACAGACCAGGAUUGUCGAACCUACAACCCCGGAGAUUACCCACCUCCGAAGAAGCCCGGCGCCGUGUGCCAGGGCUCCACCUUCGCGGACUGCGUCAAAGAAGCAAAUGAAGCAGGUGGUUGGGGUUGCUGUGACUACGCACCAGAAAGCUUUGGGUGCAACGCAAAUAGCGGAGUCGUUCCGGCUGGCCAAUCGCUGACUGACUUGUGCAAGACGAACAUGGGGCAUGAGAAGGUGGAAGGAUCAGCAUCCUGGCGAGAGUGUCGGCUGUGGUCGAAAGAUACGGAUAGGAAAACUGAGCUCUGUACGAGGGGACUGGAGGACAAAUUCAGAUGCUGUAAGAAGAAGACUGCUCCUGAUAGUGUAGUCUGGCAACGCGACACCUGGUGGAACAAAUGUGAGUGGUGGUCUGGUGUGACCGACUCCUUGUGCAUGCAAACGCAUCCGACCUUGAAAGCAGGGAAGGACAAAACUGAGAAGUGCCAGUUCGAAACUAAAAAGGAAUGCGCAAGACUCACGGAUGAAGGCGGGUGCUGCAACAAGAGAUUGAUCCCAUGCAACGCUUUUCCAACGGUCCCUAUAGACCACAACGCUUGUCGAGCGUACCAUAAGAAUAGUCAGAUUGUGGCUUCAAUCUACAUUGACGAUCAGCAACAAACACCACGACAUUGCAGUGGCGCUAACGUGCAAAACUGGGACGACAGAACUCUGCAGCUAAAGCGACAGCAUUGCUUAAGCGCCGUGAUUGACGGCGGCUGUUGUGCAGUACCAAAUGGAGAUCUGUGGAAACGUUGUAGUAGCUGGACGGCUAUUACUAACGCCAGUUGCAGUCAGAAAUGGGGCUCGAACUACCGAAAAAAACCCGGCCACGUCCCCUGCAAUAUACAAUCACCGAAUACUGAAUCUUGUCACAAUAGUUGUUGUGAAGAAGCAUCGCCAUGGGGAUUACGACGAUUGCAACAAGAAAAAACAACAAGUGGCAACAUGAUCGUGAUUGACGAAGACGAAGACGAGGAAAUAGAAGCUGCAACGUCGACGCAGCAUGCCUUGGGCGCUCUUGCGGAAGACUACCCUUGGGUGACGCAGACUGCAAACCUGGAGGCUGGCGGAGCGACAGCGCUCCCUGAUGCCGGUACGACCGCAGAGCUGCUGACGCAGAAACUUUUCGCUAUCGCAGGGAAGUGAGUGAUUUUCAUAUAAUCGCCGGCUGCUGGUACGACUAGCGCGUCGAUUCCCAGUCUCGCAUUGAGGAUUUCUACUUGGUGACUUCUCCUCGUAGUUUGUCUCCGAGUGCGACGAGGAGUCCCACGUUAUAAUAUAACUAAUUCUGUCAUAUGCAAGUAGAAAAGCUAAAAGCACACCUCAAAGAAAAAAAAAGCAACAAGCUAAGCUUAGAAGAGGUUCUUAUACUUAUGCAGUCAACUACAACCCUAUGCGCACCAGCGUAGAAGUCGUGAUAUCUAGUGUGCUUCAUCGGAACAAUGAUACGAAGCAGCGCCAUAGAUUCUUGGAUUCUUUCUUCAUUCGCGGCUACUUGGCAGAUUUUGUAGAAUAAAACCACCCACUUCCCUUGCAUACCUGUCGACCGUCGCUGGCGACGCCUUCUGGUAUCAGCAUCGUCUUCUGCACCCUCCGCCUCAUCCCUACGGCGUACUGCGGGAGCAGGGACAGGAAUAAAGAGCGGACGCGAUAAGCUUAAGCGCAGCGCGGCGGACCCUGUCGACGCGGACGACGAGCUCCACACCACGCUGAACCAGCGGGAGGUGCCCAAUUACUUCACUCCCCUGUCCCCCGAGCAACUGCUGCGCAGGCAGCUGCAAGCCGACAUCGGUAAUCAGUUUCGCCGGGAUCUGAAGCAGGCGAUCAGGUUCCCGGUUAUUAAGGGCACGAAGGCCAGUGGUCCUGAUCUGCCCGGGACGAGGUCGACGUCAGCUACUGCAAAAAUCGGGGCAGCCAGCACAAGAGCGCACGAUGCUCGCGGCAAGGAACUACCGCAAGAACGAUCGUCCGGAUCAUCCGGCUUUGAAAAUAUUCCCGCAAGCACAGAAGUAGAAGACCACGACACCAGCACAGUCCAUGAAGAGAGAAGUACAACAACAUCAACAAUUCCAUCCGACGAUCAUCCUGUUUUUCUUGGACACGGCUACGAAAAUCAGCACGGCGACGAGGACGAUCCGCGUCUGUUGCAGUCGCAUGAAAUGACAAGCGUCUUCAACUCUAGAACGGAGAGGCCGCCACCUUCGCUCCAGGUCUUAACGACCGCGAAUCGACCCUCCACAGCUUCCGGGCCGGACGAAGAAGGAGCCUUUGCCCUGUUCUGGGACCACACGGAGCGUGGCUAUCAAAAGGAAAAACUCCCCCUCCCCACAUCAAAACGAAUCUUCUGGUGCUGGAUUUGCGUACACAAAUCAGAUUUGUCUUGCAGUAGGGGCCUGCUGCAGGCCCAAGUCAUGCCAUUGUGGAAAGGUUUUGGCCGUAGGCACUUAGCAUGAGGAACGCCUAUGCUGUAGGCCCAACAGCAUUACAAACUCAAACCGCCCGCAUAAUGGGGGGGGGAGCCUAUGCCGUUGCUUUCUUGCAAGACAGACGCGAUUUUUGGUCACAAAUCAGCAUCGCAAAGUCUCUGAGGCGUGGCUUUUCGAUAUGCGGAGGGAGGGUUUUUGCUUACGAUAGUGGCCGAGCUUUGUUCGCAGAACUGGAAGCCGCUUCGCGGGGGGUGCGCACGCUGGCGGAGCUUCUAUGCAUUGCAAAUAUGUCCUCUGGGUUUGGAAGGUUGCAAGUCGGGACGCGUGGUGAUCCCGCAGAUCUUCAUAUGAAAACUUGUCCUCUUGAUUGUUUCGCGGGUAGCACGACAAGAAGCCCAGGCCCAGCUUUGGCCUGGUACUAAAACGACAUUUCUCAUGCGGGAUCAUAUGCAUAGCAAAGCACAUAGAAAACCUGUGGUACCAUACCCUGCACAACUCCAGUCGUUCCUCCUUGUGGUGGUCGUGCAUCUUCCAAAAAAAAUCGGCAUCAUGAGAUCAAGCUCCUGGACUCAUCCAGACGACCCAGACAUAUUUGCAUUUGAUAGCUGCAAGACCAGGUGAAUGCGGUCCUGCACCGGAACGGCUUUCCACCCGUCUUCUCUGAGCACUUUCAGCGCCUAGCACCGGACCCCGCCCGUCCCGCCUGGGAACGCCGGGUGCUGGUCCCGGCCCCUGACGGUGACAGAAGCGACGAGGGUUCUAUCUCUCCUCAGGCUCUUUCCCGUGCAGAGCACGCGGCAGCACGAGGUCGUGCUACAGGGAACAACAGCAACGCGGCCAGACACUUGCAGGUGGAAGUACUAGAUGAGCGGCUUGUCUCCUCAGGAGCGCAACCUGGGUUGCUGUUCCCCGCACGAAACCUAGGGGGCGCUCGAAAGGACGACCACGAAGAUAUGUUGAGCACGGUGUGGAACAGGACCUCUUCACUGGCCAGGCCGCUGGAUGAAGAACAAACAAGCACAGCUUACGAGCCGAUGUUCCAAAUCAACGCCAAAUUAUCGAGCCGACUUCUAAAAGGUUUCGACUACUCUGCAAGCCAGGCGGGCGCCGCUACGCGAGGUCUUCAGCGGUCGGUGCCUUCCUCUGCCGAUGCUCGGCAAGGCAGUAGAACAAGCGGCCUUGCCGGUGCCGUUGCUACAGAUGAAGCUGACCUUGAUGAAGGUCAAAAGGAAAAUGCUCCUGGUACUGGUCAGGCAGGAGCGGGUGGAAUGCUAGCAACCCGAACCGAAGCGCUUGCCAUGAGGCGGCAGCUACAGGAGAUGCUUGCCGGGCCUAACAUUCGCGGCGGGCACGGCGAGUAUGAAUUGCGAAAGUAUCGUACUCCUCGUCCUCGUAUACUUGCAUUACAAAUUUCCUCAGCUUGAGAAAUGAAAUUUCGAAUGCGGAUGCGCCUUGCUAAUGCUAAAAGAAUUUGUAAUUCAGGACUGCAAUUACUACGAGUUGUACGAUACUUUUGCAUUGCAUAGCGAGCGGAUUGUGCGGAUGCUAACUGGCGCGUCGGCGGCGAAUAUCAUGGGAAAAAAGUGCUCCAUACAACAGUUGCACAUUUGAUGUUGUGAAUUCAGCAACACGAAUUUUCUCUGCAUGAUGAAGAAAAAAACUUGCAAUGCAGAGAUCAUGAUAAGGGAAAUAAACACAUAUGAAACGAUGCUCGAAAGGAGCAUUUCGUGCAUGACAAUACAAAGAUUGUCUGUGUUGCCGGUGGUCGUCCACCUGCAGCACCAUGUGUAAGUGUAAGAGCACUUUUUUCAUGGGAUAGCGAACAUGAGUGUGGCCUGUGCAGGCGAAGCCAGUCAGCCUGUGCUAGAUUGGACGGACGAGAGUUUGUGGCCUGCGAACCCCACGAUUAACAUGGUUCCUUCGUUUAUCCAGGAAAAAAACGGUCGAUUAGCGUAGGUUUCUUUGAUGAGUGACACCAUGACAGAUCUGCUCCGCAUAACAGAGAAAUCCAGUCACGCACAGCUAGUACGUGAAGACGCAUAUGACAUAGGGAUUCGCGGCUGCCUAGCAUGACAAGUGUACACUGUAAUGUCGCAUUACGCUUUGCAUUACAGGAGACUUAGAAUUUCCCAUAACUUGUUCCUUCUGGGUUUUUACACAGAACUCUAGACUUACACUUACACAGUUUUUUUCGUGCAUAUCGUGCGCCUGGCCGUUCCUGUCGCAGGCACAGCUCGAGCAGCUUGGAUUCUUCGACAUGAAACACGACACGAGCGGCCAGAGCGCCACUGACACCGCCGUAUGAAAGCCUCAGUUUGGAAAUUCAAAUUUUCAAAGUGAUAUAUAAUCCCGAAUCAAAAGAAACGACUUCAGUUGUAGUUACAGUGCCGUUAUAGUUUUACUUAUUUUUGGUCGGCGCAUGACAAAUUUGCCGGGCUCUACUUGAAGCCUACCACCUCUCUUGCUAUUUUUUAGGGCAAAGGGUUACUUCUACCCUUCUGUCAUGCUAAUCGUCAUCAGCCACCCAUCCCAACAAUUCUUAAACACCCACUGUAGCAGGGCCACAGUAGACGUCAGCCCCCGUUGCGACGUCCUGUGCUGCAACAGAGUCAACAUUUGUGGCACCGCAUUUCGACAUCUUCAUGCAUCGCAGGACGAGAUUAUUGCCACUUAUUUCUUGAGAAUUUCCAACCUGAGGCUGAGGCUUCCAUACGCCGCCGCGUCCGCUGCCAUCGCAGACUUCGCCAAGAGCGUUGCGGCCCUCAUCCCCGCUUCGAAAAAAGUCGUGUCUUACGACGUGCAGACGAUCAGCAAGGUGAACCUGUUCCGGGACAAGGGCAGUAUGUACCUGCCACAGAACCGUUACCUCCCCACUUCGAAAGAGAACUACAAGUCCCCCGAAACCAUGGCGGUGGACUUGGCCAUGUUCGUGAUGCCAAGGCGGGUCAAGCUGCGAUUCCUCUGCCCCAAAAAGAACAUCCCCGGGGAGCGUAUCACAAACGUGUACGGCACCAACCGCGCGGAGGAGUACGCCCUAUGAACUGCAAAAGUAUCGUACUAGUAUAAAUUGCAUGACAAAUUCCCUCAGCAUGAAAAAUGCAAUUUGUCAUGCUGAUUUGCCUUAGGAACGAGAUUUGUAAUGCAUGACUGCAAUUACUACGAGUACGAUACUUUUGCACAGGAUACGCCCCGUUCCACAACCAGUGGGCCUAUCACCCCAUCCACGAUAUGGCGUUCUCAAAUGUUACAUUCUCAACUGUUACAUGAUUUGUAAUGCAAAAACACAACCAAAACCGACACGAGGAAGCUGCUUCGCAUGACAAAUUCUCGAAGAGUCAAACAGGCUCGGAAUCUGUGCCAGAUCUGUCAUGCAAGAGGCGCAAGGUCACCCCUGUCACUUUUGCCAUUCUUGCAUCACAAAUUCAUGUGGUUGGUUUCGGUCGGUUUAGCGUCACAAAUUCAUGUAACAGCUGAGAAUGUAACAGUUGAGAACGCCAUACACGACCGGUUUCGCGUGCACAACUGCACUAUUACGCCGUUCUUCCACCCGCAAACCGGGGAACCCUCGCGGACGUGUCUGAACCGGGACCAGAUGCGCGACAAAGCGAGCGGGAAGUUCCGGCUCUUUUGCUUGGCCGAAUUUCCGCCGAAAAACAUUAUGGACUACCGCAUCGAAGGUCCGCUGACGGGUCACUGGCUGUACCCUGAGGUGCGGCCCGGACUGCAGUACCGCGUGGUAAUGCCAGAGUACACGAUCGACCUGGAGGCAACUUACGAGCUGACGUUUGACGACAAGUUUCUGGAGGUGGAGCGGAAAUUCAUGACCCAGUCGGCGGAGACGGACUACUACGAACUGCAAAAGUAUCGUACUGGUAUAAAUGCAUUACAAAUUUCCUCAGCAUGAGAAAUAUGAUUUUGUAAUGCGGGUUUACCUUAAGAGCAAGAUUUGUAAUGCAUGUUUGCGAUUGCUAUGAGUGCGAUGCUUUUGCACAGGAUAACUACGUGAACGGGGAGCCAAGGCUGUGGGCGGCCGAGCCGUUCGCGCGCGGGCGUAUCCUAACUAAAAACGUCUCCUCCCCGUAGUUGUAUAUGCAAAUCUGCAUGCUGCCUGCAGAUUUCCCAUGCGAAGCAGCCCCAUGGGAAGCAAUUUCUAGUCGUUUAUCUUCGGAAUAUGUCAUGCUCCUCCAAAAAUCAGCAUGAGAUAUUAUACUAGAUCCGUGAUGCUGCUGAACUGGCUGAAGAGCGUUACACUACGAGACCAAACUUGUCAUGCGCAACAGCAGACUUGACUAUGGGGAGGUGAGGACGUUUUUACACAUGAUAGGGCGCGCGCUGUGUUCUACCACGGUCCGCGGCUGCGCGCAGGGUAUCCCCGCGAACCCGCCCAUGCUGCUGCCCGGGAUUACCAUCCGCGUGAACCGGGAGCGCACGGAAGCUUUGGUGCAAGCCGUGAAGCCGUUGCACUGGCCCACAGACUAUGCAUUGCAAUUACGUGGUCUGCUGGGUCUAGAAAGUUGUAAUGCUAAAUAAAAUGAUAAUGACUGAUCAUACGCGAACCCGAACUGCAAUACGAAUACGCGCCCAAGCAUGACAAAUAAUUUUUGUCCUGAUUAGAAAUAUCUGUUGCGCAUUCCGCGUGACAAACUGCGUUUUUGUUUUUGCAUCACACGUAAGAGGACCUUUUCGUGCCCACGCAUCACAGAGUCUCGAGUCAUGUCAGAUAUGCAUGACAAAGCUAGCAAUCUUCCAGACCCAGACGCGUUUGCAUUUGAUACGGACCCGGUGCAGCUGAACGCGCUGGUGGACCAGAUUGACGACACAGUCUUGAUAUGGAUUGCAAACGGAUCCCUGGAUGUCUGGAAAGAAACUUGUGAUGCGGAAUGGCCACGAACACGAUAAUUCAUUGAGCACACUCCUGAGUCGUGCCACCAAGCAUGACAAAUUUUGAGGACGCCUCUUGAUACGUAGCGCGGCCGCCGCCGCGCAUUAGGAUUAGAAAUAGAAACUGUGUUUUUGCAUGACAAAACAGGAUUCGUUUUUGUCGGUUACCUUAUCCGAUAGUACACAUUUUACAGGAUGGACACAGCACAGGUAACACUAAUACUUUUGCAGACGUCUAGGGGCAGGGAUAUUUGCAAUGCAUAGUUGAACUUGAUCGACGGUCUCCGGCAGCUUUCCAGUGCCGAGGACGGCUACAUUGCGGUGAAACCCAUGACCAAGGUGCUGAUCCGUGUGGUGUGGCAGGUGAUAUGCAUGGCAAAUAUUAUGUCUGGGCUUGGACUUGGAGACUUGCGUUUUAGCUUUAGAUAGGUGGUGAUUGGCGUUGCCUCUUACCCCAACCCUCGAUAGAUAGGAGCGGUUUUACAUCUUUUCGCAACCUGGCACACGACUAGGAGGGGGCAGUGUGGUCGCCUCUCUGACGUGAGAACACGCCUUUACCCUAAACCCCGAGCUAUAUACAAGUUUUCUACAAGAUGAUCUGUAAAAUCAUUUUCGCUUCUACCGACGCCACUAUGUAAGUAAAGCCCUGAACCCGUGCUGACUACAACUGUUAACUUUGUGGCAUGCCUGGAUCCCGCGCUGCAGAGUUGGAACAUGUGGAAAGACAUUUUUUGGAUUUACAGGACCGAUCUACUUCUUUGCUUUCGCACCACGGCGUCAGUGGUUCUGUUAGACUUGUACUAAGGUUUGUAUGGUCCCUUCGGCUACUGAACAACAAAAACUACACUACUACCCCUGCAUCUGAUCAACUCUUGCACGCGUCGGGUCAUACAUAGUUAUUCUAGUGCCAUGGGUCUCCACCGUAAUCCAUGGUCUUCGUCUCGCCGCAUACAAAAUUUUAGAUCUACAGGGGGCGAUAUGGGAGAUCUGGGGCGGUUUCUAAGCCUGCAAAGGCAUACCUACUCACCCGGUUGAGCCUAGCCUCAGUACGUGUUAAUUAGUGCGAUCGAGGUUGCCUGUGAACAGGCGAUAAACUAUUUUUUCUAGGUGGUUCAGACGUACUGAGGCGUCUAUCUACGUGCUUCCAGCCUGCUGCGGCAGCAGCAGGCGCAACUCCACUCAGUGCAGGUUUUCGUGGCUGGGCAUCAGCAGCCCCUGCGGUUGUCUUCUUCCCGGGUUGGCGUGAGGAAGGGCAGCACGUGACCGAAGCCCCGCACCACCCUUCCUCGGUCUGUUAUUAUUUUGAUUGUUGUAUGAAGCAUCGCAUGAUCGGAUGAAAAAACGGAAUGGACAUGAGAGCUACUCUAAGACCAUCUUCCCCCCGGAACCCAAGCUUCGACGUUGGUCGCGAUGCAAAAAGCUACAGCCCACCGCACGACAAAUAGUCCCGCCUGGUGUAUGAGCCUAGGACUCCAGUGCCGAGCAGAUAGACUGCGCCUGGAAAAUCUUCCGAAACAUACAGACACUUUUUUUUCCGCUAGUAGCCCAUUGGCAGACGGUCACUCUCCCACCGGAACCCACAAUAGUUGACCUUGAUCGCUGCCUCAAAAAAUACCACAAGCAUCUAGAAAAAAUUAGUCCCUGAUCAUCCAUCCCCCGGCGCAGUCCCCGCACGCUUGUUCAGCUUAUCCGGCCGCUGCCGCCCCUUGCCGCACUAUGCACGGCCUGUCGUUUGUCCAUGUAGUCAUGACCUAUCUCGGGAUCUAGGGCGCAGGGGUAGUACAAGUAGCAGUCUGUGCUGCGCACAGCAGACGUGCAGUCAUGCCUAUUUCACGAUCAGGCCGGUACCGAUCAUACUACCAGGAGUGUGGGAGGUACGCGCGCUCCUGGGGAGUAUGAUCGGUCUGUCGUUGUCGUCGUCCCCUCCGCAUGCUUGGAUGCCGCUACUCGGCGUCGGCGCGCGUGUACAUACCUCCGGGCUGCAAAGAGCGGGGCUUUUCACCGCCGGCAUUCGUGUCUCUCUGGCGCCACCUCGAGCUAGGGCUGGGGCGUCGUCGGUGGAUGGUUGGAGGUUAUGCUACUGCCAGACCGAUCUGGUGGAGGCUGGCGUUCUGGUGUCGGUCGGGUGGCGGUAGCAGUCCGCCCCGUCCGUGGUUGCUCCGCGGAAGAAGUUUCCGUAUUCAGCCCCGGGGAAGAUGUUUGCGCAGUGCCAUCGGUUGUCGCCGCGGGGACGGAGACCGUGAUAAUGUGCUCCGGUUUGCCGCUGCCGGGUGCGCUUCGGCGUGCUACUCCAUCGCUUUCACCUUGUUUUGUUAGCUGUGGCCCGCAAGUGGUCGCGGCGGGCCGCCAAGUAAAAGAAGCAGAAAAAUGCGCCUCUUCCCAUAUUUUCUCGCUUCUUUGUUGCGUCGGAAUCGGCGUUUUUAGGUCGUGUAGAGGCGUCCCGUAUGACCUGCUGCACAGAUCCAGAAAAAUGCAGAGUGACACUGGCAGCUUGGAACAAAACCCGAAUAGAGUACUACGGCCGAAGUGAAAAUUAUAAAGCACGAGAAGACAUUUCUCGUCCUCUCGGCUUCAUCUCGCGAAUUCCUUCGCAUUUAACAUGACAAAGACAAGGUGCCAUGCAGCACGACACAAGAACUGCCGGUUCCUAAUCCCAUUAGCCGUUUACGCAUUACACAUCUCGAAGGGGAGCAUGCAAAUGCAAUAUCUGUAUUAUAUAAUAGAGAUACUUAUCCCAACAUUCGAUGUUGAGGAUGAAUUCUGAUUCUCUUGCGUUACAUACAAAUCAAUGAGUCCACACCCAGAUGAGGACAUGUUUGCAAUGCAUACGUGAACCCGGUGUACAACGUGAAUAAGUGGACGGGCAAGAUCCUGUUGAACCGGUGGGUGAACAGCAUCACCGCAUUGGAGGUUCGUUUCCGCAAGGCCGACGCGACCAUGGCCAGCUCCUUCUCCAUCCGCCUCAUCUUUGUCAUCGAUGCCACCUCCCAACGAAUCCAGGAGACCCCCCUGCUCUCCGCCACCGACUUUCUGGAGUUGAUCGGGGCCUACGCGGGGUAUGGGGGCAUCCUGGUCCUGCUCCUGACCCUGUGGCAGCGGGCUUUCAAACCCUUCGGGGUUGUGGACUUCUAUUACGUCGACACUGAGUAUGCAAACGUGGUGGAUCGUUGGUACCAGAAGCAAAUGCUGUUGGCCGGGUACCUCCCGGCUGGCGUUGACCCAACCGACGAUGACGACCCCUUCGCAAACAGCGAUAAAGUGAAGAUAUCUAUCCCAGGCGCGCGCGGGAAGGAUGGAAGAGAGCCGCCACACGACGAGGACGGAGAUGACCCCCCCAGGUCGAGGCCGCGCGGGCGGAAAACAUCAACUCACCUGCUGGGUCCUGACCAUCUGGACCUGCAGAGCGAGACGGCCACCACGGACUCGGAGGAGCUCAGCAGCCAGAUUGACCUCGAAAGUGUGCACUCCGCGAACGACCGUGGAGUCUUCUUCUGGGCGCCCCAUCGGGGACCCCGGCCCGAGGGCGACCAGCUCGCGCUCACGAACGAGGCGGAGACGAAGACCGGCUCCGGAAUUCUGCCCGAGGGGGGACCUGCCGGAAGCGGCGAGGGAUCGACUUCGGAGGUGGUCACUGGUGGCCGCAUCGAGAUGCGCCUGAAGCCAACUUCCUCGCGGGCCCUACGCGCAUCGACGCUGCAGUCCAAAGAACCAGACGUGCCCCGUAUCGCCGUCAGCAAAGCACGCAUUCGCUACGGGCUCGACGCACCUCCAGGCGACGACGAUCACUUGUCGGGGGCGCAGCAACCACCACAGGAGGUUAUUGGGUCUGCCCCGCCCUCGGCGUCCUCGAGGACCAUGAGAGCGGCUCAGCAAACGGAGCUGCGGAUCCAAACUACCGACAGCGCAAGCAGCCGCGGGGAUGAAUCCAGCACGCCCUCCGCGGCACCCAAACGCCCACCAGUUACGCAUUGCAAAAAAUAUGUCUGGCGGGUCUGGAAGGAAUGGAACUUAUGAUGCUACCUUUCGAUGAAGAUACAAAAAUCUGUAUUGCAUAAGCAGCAAAACCAAAAGGCUCUCAGAUUUUUCCUGCCCGGAGAAGACAUUUCUCAAACAGGAUAGGCCUGAAAAAGCCUUUACAAAACCUGUAGUGCUGCUCAGUAGAGCAUGCAUCACCGACGUCGCGGGUCAUGUAAAAUUUGCAUGGUAACCUCCCCCAAUCUUCCAGAUCCUGAUCCAGACAUAUUUGCAUUUGAUGCCAGUCCGUGUGAACCCAAAGUCGGGCCGUGGCGCGACCGGGCCCGCAAAGCCCCCAUCAGGAGCGAACAAGAAAACAUAG